AUGACAUCACAUGUGAAGCUGAGAAAAGAGAGAGCUGGAGUUGUGGACUAUGAAACACAAAUCAAAGGUAGGGGAAGUCCUUGUUGUUGUUGUUUACCCUCUAAUAAUACUUUACUGCACAGCUCAUCUUUCAUGUUGUUCCCCUUCUCACCGCCCACUGGGUCUACAACAUAGUUGUAGUUCAAUGCAUGUUCAUUAAUCACAUCCCACUGGGCACAAACUGGUUGAAUCAAUGUUGUUUCAACGUAAUUUCUCAACGUAUUGUGACGUGGAAUCUACAUGGAAAAUACAUCGGAUUUGUAAAAAGUAAUCAACGUUAACUGUUGUUUUGAGGGUGAAAUUUGAACCACAGAAUUAUGUCAUCAUGGUAACCAAAUAUACAGUGCAUUUGGAAAGUAUUCAGACCCCUUCCCCUUUUCCACAUUUUGUUAAGUUACAGCCUUAUUCUAAAAUGGAUAAAAGUAUUUUUUCCCCCUCAUCAAUCUACACACAAUACCCCAUAAUGACAAAGCAAAACGUUUUUUAGAAAUGUUUGCAAAUGUAUAUAAGAAAUAAUUAAAAAAUCCUUUAUUCACAUAAGUAUUCAGACCCUUUGCUAUGAGACUCGAAAUUGAGCUCAGGUGCAUUCUGUUUCCAUUGAUCAUCCUUGAGAUGUUUCUACAACUUGAUUGGAGUCCACCUGUGGUAAAUUAAAUUGAUUGGACAUGAUAGGACAACGACCCUAAGCACACAGCCAAGACAACACAGGAGUGGCUUCAGGACAAGUCUCUGAAUGUCCUUGAGUGGCCCAGCCAAAGCCCGGACCUGAACCUGAUCGAACAUCUCUGAAGAGACCUGAAAAUAGCUGUGCGGCGACGCUCCCCACUCCACCUGACAGAGCUUGAGAGGUUCUGCAGAGAAGAAUGGGAGAAACUCCCCAAAUACAGGUGUGCCGAGCUUGUAGCGUCAUACCCAAGAAGACUCGAGGCUGUAAGCGCUGCCUAAGGUGCUUCAACAAGGUACUGAGAAAAGUGUCUGAAUACUUAUGUAAAUGUCAUAUUUCAGUUUUUUAUUUUUAAUACAUUUGCAAACAUUUCUAUAAACUGGUUUUUGCUUUGUCAUUAUGAGGGGGAAAAAAACAACUUAAUCAAUUUUAUAAUAAGGCUGUCACGUAACAAAAUGUGGAAAAAGUCAAGGGGUCUGAAUACUUUCCGAAUGCACUGUAUAUCGACUAUCAGAAAAAAAUUAUAGGCUGGGCAGCACCCCCUACUGGAGAGUUGAUCUAUCUACAGCUAUUAAUUUGGUUUCCAUCCAGGAUUUUAAAAGUCCAACCCUGCUUAGUUUUAAUAUUUGUCACUGACUAUUAUCAAUGUGCUAUCGUGAGAAUUACUUGAGAGAUCUCUUAAUUAUUAAUAACUAAAUAGAUUCACUGUUGCUAUCAAAGUCCUAAGGUUAGGUUUAACAGCGCAAAUGAAAUGUAACCAUACUAAUUACAGUUUGUCUACAAAUUAAUAAUUGAUAUGUUGGAUUCACGUCUCCAUCUCAACCAAAAAUCUAAGUUAAAGAAUAGGUCUACAUCAAAUCAAACUGUAUUUAAAGUGUAUUUUAAGUUUGAUUUAAUUUAGCCCAACUUAAAAUGCACUUUAAAUACAGUUUUUGAUUUAGUCUAUUCUUUCACUUUGAUUAUUGGUUGAGAUGGAGACGUGAAUCCAACAUACACUAUAUAUACAAAAGUAUGUGGACACCCCUUCAAAUUAGUGGAUUUGGCUAUUUCAGCCACACCCGUUGCUGACAGGUGUAUAAAAUCGAGCACACAGCCAUGCGAUCUCCAUAGACAAACAUUAGCAGUAGAAUGGCCUUACUGAAGAGCUCAGUGACUUUUAAAGUGGCACCAUCAUAGGAUGCCACCUUCCAACAAGUCAGUUCGUCAAAUUUCUGCCCUGCUAGAGCUGCCCCGGUCAACUGUAAGUGCUGUUAUUGUGAAGUGGAAACGUCUAGGAGCAACAACGGCUCAGCCGCGAAGUGGUAGGCCACACAAACUCACAGAACGGGACCGCUGAGUGCUGAAGCGCGUAGCACGUACAGUGAGGGGAAAAAAGUAUUUGAUCCCCUGCUGAUUUUGUACGUUUGCCCACUGACAAAGACAUGAUCAGUCUAUAAUUUUAAUGGUAGGUUUAUUUGAACAGUGAGAGACAGAAUAACAAUAAAAAAAAUCAGAAAUGCACGUCAAAAAUGUUAUAAAUUGAUUUGCAUUUUAAUGAGGGAAAUAAGUAUUUGACCCCUCUGCAAAACAUGACAUAGUAGUUGGUGGCAAAACCCUUGUUGGCAAUCAGAGUUCAGACGUUUCUUGUAGUUGGCCACCAGGUUUGCACACAUCUCAGGAGGGAUUUUGUCCCACUCCUCUUUGCAGAUCUUCUCCAAGUCAUUAAGGUUUCGAGCCACUCCUUUGUUGCCUUGGCCGUGUGUUUUGGGUCAUUGUCAUGCUGGAAUACCCAUCCACAACCCAUUUUCAAUGCCCUGGCUGAGGGAAGGAGGUUCUCACCCAAGAUUUGAUGGUACAUGGCCCCGUCCAUCGUCCCUUUGAUGCGGUGAAGUUGUCCUGUCCCCUUAGCAGAAAAACACCCCCAAAGCAUAAUGUUUCCACCUCCAUGUUUGAUGGUGUUCUUGGGGUCAUAGGCAGCAUUCCUCCUCCUCCAAACACGGCGAGUUGAGUUGAUGCCAAAGAGCUCGAUUUUGGUCUCAUCUGACCACAACACUUUAACCCAGUUCUCCUCUGAAUCGUUCAGAUGUUCAUUGGCAAACUUCAGACGGGCCUGUAUAUGUGCUUUCUUGAGCAGGGGGACCUUGCGGGCGCUGCAGGAUUUCAGUCCUUCAUGGCGUAGUGUGUUACCAAUUGUUUUCUUGGUGACUAUGGUCCCAGCUGCCUUGAGAUCAUUGACAAGAUCCUCCCGUGUAGUUCUGGGCUGAUUCCUCACCGUUCUUUUGAUCAUUGCAACUCCACGAGGUGAGAUCUUGCAUGGAGCCCCAGGCAGAGGGAGAUUGACAGUUAUUUUGUGUUUCUUCCAUUUGCGAAUAAUCGCACCAACUGUUGUCACCUUCUCACCAAGCUGCUUGGCGAUGGUCUUGUAGCCCAUUCCAGCCUUGUGUAGGUCUACAAUCUUGACCCUGACAUCCUUGGAGAGCUCUUUGGUCUUGGCCCCUUAGUUCCAGUGAAGGGAAAUCUUAACUACAGCAUACAAUGACAUUCUAGAUGAUUCUGUGCUUCCAACUUUGUAGCAUUGUCAACCAAACAAAUUCAAUAUUACUUUUGUAAUACAGUAAUAAAUAGCAUCUUUCACUGAGUGUACAAAACAUUAAGAACACCUGCUCUUUUCAUGACAGACUGACCUUGUAAAUCCAGGUGAAAGCUGUGAUCCGUUAUUGAUGUCACCUGUUAAAUCCACUUCAAUGUGCAGCUGUAGGAGAGAAGACAGGUUAAAGAAGGAUUAUUAAGCAAUGAGACAAUUAAAACAUGGAUUGUGUAUGUGUGCCAUUCAGAGGGUGAAUGGGCAAGACAAAAUACACUGCUCAAAAAGGGAACACUUAAACAACACAAUGUAACUCCAAGUCAAUCACACUUCUGUGAAAUCAAACUGUCCACUUAGGAAGCAACACUGAUUGACAAUAAAUGUCACAUGCUGUUGUGCAAAUGGAAUAGACAACAGGUGGAAAUUAUAGGCAAUUAGCAAGACACCCCCAAUAAAGGACUGGUUCUGCAGGUGGUGACCACAGACCACUUCUCAGUUCCUAUGCUUCCUGGUUGAUGUUUUGGUCACUUUUGAAUGCUGGCGGUGCUUUCACUCUAGUGGUAGCAUGAGACGGAGUCUACAACCCACACAAGUGGCUCAGGUAGUGCAGCUCAUCCAGGAUGGCACAUCAAUGCCAGCUGUGGCAAGAAGGUUUGCUGUGUCUGUCAGCGUAGUGUCCAGAGCAUGAAGGCGCUACCAGGAGACAGGCCAGUACAUCAGGAGACGUGGAGGAGGCCGUAGGAGGGCAACAACCCAGCAGCAGGACUGCUACCUCCGCCUUUGUGCAAGGAGGAGCACUGCCAGAGCCUUGCAAAAUGACCUCCAGCAGGCCACAAAUGUGCAUGUGUCUGCUCAAACGGUCAGAAACAGACUCCAUGAGGGUGGUAUGAGGGCCCGACGUCCACAGGUGGGGGUUGUGCUUACAGCCCAACACCGUGCAGGACGUUUGGCAUUUGCCAGAGAACACCAAGAUUGGCAAAUUCGCCACUGGCGCCCUGUGCUCUUCACAGAUGAAAGCAGGUUCACACUGAGCACGUGACAGACGUGACAGAGUCUGGAGACGCCGUGGAGAACGUUCUGCUGCCUGCAACAUCCUCCAGCAUGACCGGUUUGGCGGUGGGUCAGUCAUGGUGUGGGGUGGCAUUUCUUUGGGGGGCCGCACAGCCCUCCAUGUGCUCGCCAGAGGUAGCCUGACUGCCAUUAGGUACCGAGAUGAGAUCCUCAGAGCCCUUGUGAGACCAUAUGCUGGUGCGGUUGGCCCUGGGUUCCUCCUAAUGCAAGACAAUGCUAGACCUCAUGUGGCUGGAGUGUGUCAGCAGUUCCUGCAAGAGGAAGGCAUUGAUGCUAUGGACCGCCCGUUCCCCAGACCUGAAUCCAAUUGAGCACAUCUGGGACAUCAUGUCUCGCUCCAUCCACCAACGCCACGUUGCACCACAGACUGUCCAGGAGUUGGCGGAUGCUUUAGUCCAGGUCUGGGAGGAGAUCCCUCAGGAGACCAUCCGCCACCUCAUCAGGAGCAUGCCCAGGCGUUGUAGGGAGGUCAUACAGGCACGUGGAGGCCACACACACUACUGAGCCUCAUUUUGACUUGUUUUAAGGACAUUACAUCAAAGUUGGAUCAGCCUGUAGUGUGGUUUUCCACUUUAAUUUUGAGGGUGACUCCAAAUCCAGACCUCCAUGGGUUGAUCAAUUUGAUUUCCAUUGAUAAUUUUUGUGUGAUUUUUGUUGUCAGCACAUUCAACUAUGUAAAGAAACAAGUAUUUAAUAAGAUUAUUUCAUUCAUUCAGAUCUAGGAUGUGUUAUUUUAGUGUUCCCUUUUAUUUUUUUGAGCAGUGUAUUUAAGUGCCUUUGAACGGGGUAUAGUAGUAGGUGCCAGGCACACUGGUUUGAGUGUGUCAAGAACUGCAACGCUGCUGGGUUUUUCAUGCUCAACAGUUUCUUGUGUUUAUCAAGAAUGGUCCACCACCCAAAGGGUAUCCAGCCAACUUGACACAACUAUGGGAAGCUUUGGAGUCAACAUGGGACAGCAUCCUUUUGGAAUGCUUUCGACACCUUGUAGAGUCCAUGCCCUGUUUGCCCUCAGGCUUUUUUGAGGGCAAAAAGGGUGCAACUCAAUAUUAGUAAGGUGUUCCUAAUGUUUUGUACACUCAGUGUAUGUAUAUCCAAGAAGAAACGCUGGACUGUUCUGGAGUGGCCAGCGAAGAGUCCAGAUCUGAACCACAUCCAAAACCUAUGACAAGAUCUGAAAACAAGUAAAAUACAAAAAGACCCGCACACUGUUAAAGCUCCCAAUUCACCGCUCUAUUGACAACGUUUAGAUCCUAAACGGAUCUUCAUCUGGUCAAACAAAAAAAGAUCUGAAAACAGCAGGUGGUGGAGGGCACCUCUCAAACAUUGAAUAAUUAGAGCGGUUUGCUGCUGUAGAGUGGGCCAAAUUGCCAGUAGAAAGGUGUAGCCAGGUCAUUGAUGGCUACAAGAAGAGUUUGUCUGCAGUUAUCUUGGCCAAAGGCUGUGCAAGGAAGUAAUAGCUCCUGGGUGCCAAUAAUUUUGUCCAUGCCAUUUGUCUUUAUUUUCUAAAUUACUAAUAAAAUUGGUUCUGCAAUGUUGAAAAUCCAAUAACGAGGUGAUUUCAACUUAUUUUAGAAGAAAUAGGUAAUGAUUUAAGAAGAAGUGCAAGGGUGGCAAUAUAUUUGGCUGCAACUGUAUACAUCUCUCUCCUUACCAAUUUUUUUCUCCCUCUCUCUCUCUCUCUCUCUCCCUCUCUCUCUCCCUCCCUCUCUCUCUCUUUCUUUCCCUCUCUUUCUCUCUCUUCCCCUCCCUCUCUCUCUCCCCCCUCUCUCUCUUCCCCCCUCUCUCUCUCUCUCUUCCCCCUCUCUCUCUCUCUCUCUUCCCCCCUCUCUCUCUCUCUCUCUUCCCCCUCUCUCUCUCUCUCUCUCCCCUCUCUCUCUCUCUCUCUCUCUUCCCCCUCUCUCUCUCUCUCUCUCUCUUCCCCCUCUCUCUCCCCUCUCUCUCUCGCUCUCUCUUCCCACUCUCUCUUCCCCCUCUCUCGCUCUCUCUUUCUUUCUCUCUCUCUCCCCUUUUUCUCUCUCUCUCCCCCCCUCCCACCCCCAGAGGUGCGUUGUCAGUUGGUGGACCAGUUGAAGGUGUUGGAUCUGCAGUUGGAGCAGAAAUCUCAGCAGCUUCAGGACCUCACAGACUACCUGCGUAGACGCAGUGAGAUAGAAGGGGAGUACGCACGCUCGCUGGACAAACUGGCUGAGAGGUUUACCUCCAAAAUCAAAAGGUAAGUUGCUCACAGAUCUGUUUGUGCUCUUUCUGUUACUGUUAGUCCUGUGGUCAUUGAGGUGGUAUUUCCCAUUCUAGUAUUUUCCAUUCUAGUAACUCAAUUUCUAUGGUUAAAACAUGUCCCUUCACUGUGCCUCUAUCUUUCAGGAAGGAGCCUUGCAGUGGUCAGUCUGUGGCCCAGUGUUGGCUGGUCCUGCUGGCUCAGACCAGACAGGAGAGCAAAGACCACAGUGGUGUGAGUGACAGCUGUAGCACCACCCUCACCCAGCCCCUCACACACUGUCUGGAGAUCACUCAGCGCAUGGCCAAGAGGGUACUGUUCUAUCUUCAUUAGAUUCAUUUAGCCAGGAUAGUCCACUCAGUUACACUUGCCACUGUUUUCCAGGGAGUCCUGGGGAAUCCUGUCUGUCUGUCUAUCUGUCUCUGUUCUAUCUAACUUAUUGGUUGGUCUCUGUUUUUCCAGACUAAAGAUGUCUGUAGUCAGUUACAGGAUGGGUUGUUGAAGGUCACCACAGAGCUACAGACAGUAAGUCCGACAUGAUUGACAAGUUCAAGAAACAGACACCAUUCUAGAGGGGGGGGGAAUACAGUGGGAUGUAAAAUAGUCGUCUUGGUGUUCAUGAUGUGGCGUGUUGAUGGAUGUUCUCUCUCUCUGUGUGUGUGUCUACAGGCGUGGCGUACCUACUACCAGUACCACUCAGAGUAUGAGUCUGCAGAGGGAAAGCUGAAGGAAGCAGAGAAACAGAAGCAAGGAGCUUCUAAAAAGAUUGAGAAAGUAAACUCUUCUCUGAAAAACACUCCUCACAUCCCUUUUUAUAGUCUAAAUGAGUUCAAGUAUGGAGAUCUGUGUGUGUGUGGAUGCGUGUGUUUGAGUGUCUGUGUGUGUGUAUAUAUGUGUACAUGUGUUUUAAUGUAUGUAGCCUACCUAAUUCCUAUAUGUUUACAGAGACAGUGUAAAGUGCAGGAGAUCCAGCUGAAGUGCACUAAGGCUCGUAAUGACUACCUUCUCAACCUGGCUGCAGCCAACACUUCCAUGAACAAGUACUAUCUUCAAGACCUCUCCUCACUCAUGGACGUAAGUGCUGCUUCACAGCCACUGACUGUGUGUCAACUGUGUCUCUGUCUGUGGAAGUGUCUAACACAGUCACCAUUGUACAUUGUCUAUUGUCUUAAUAACAUUUUACUGCAGUGGUCUAAAUCAUGGUCACAGAGAGUGUUUCUUAAACAAAAGUAUACACCUCACACACAUGGUUAGGGGCUUUUAAAAAAUGAAGACACCUGUACCAUAUCAGAUAUAGAGUUGAAAUGUAUUCAAUUGUCAGUUUGCAUCCCAAUAUUACACUUUAUAUACAUCACAGAAGACUGAAAUAUACUAAAACUUUUUGACGUAGAAACACUGGAUUUUCUGAGUACAUAAUUAUUUAUUUUUUAAAAUUAAUUAUGAAAAAUAAUUAUAACGUUCCACCCAUGACGCCACCAGAGGGCGCUUUGGUCAUUCGACUGCGUAAAUUGUCUGUCUUAACCUGUGUAACUGAAUUUAACAUUGGUACAAUAAGGAAGACACUUAAAACUAUAGCCAAACAUUUAAUUACAGGGAACUCACAACUAUACACCGUAACGGAAAACUGUAAAUUAUACAGUAAUUUGGGGUAUUAUCAACAGUAAAAUACUCUGAAAAGUUUGACUGCAGCAUACUGUAAAUUAUGGUGCAUUGUUGGAAAAUGUUGUGGUCGGAGAAAUAAUUGCUGUAUUUAGAAUGGUACUGUAAUUCCACCCCACAGAAUACAGUACCGUACUGUAUCUUUAGAGAGCCAAAAACCUUGUUUGCACCCGUGAGUCAGAAUGCUGUACCAAUUUAACUCCUAUGUGGUUAUAGUGCCCCAUCAAUUUAAAAUGUAUAGGGGGCAGAUUGGAAUGGCAGUAAGUCUUAAACCUAAUGGUUGAGCAUUUUGCCAUGUUCUUUUGGUCUGUUUUGCACUGUAGUCGCUUCCUGUGUGGAAGCCUUUGUUAAGGCCUCUUGAAGUGAAUGUGAUAUAUAACACCAAAUAUUCAUUAAUAUGCUGUUAAGCCAACCUUUUUGCACCAAUCCCUUGUAAUUACAGUAAAAUACUGUGAAAUACAAACUCCUCCCCUCAAUGAAUUUUAUUCAUGCAUCCAUUCAUCCACUCAUUAAUUCCGAUUACGGUAACAUUAACUAUUUUACAAUAUUGUACUGUCAUUAUUACACAGUACUUGCUUUGAUACUGUAUUUAUAUUACAGUAGGUCUACCGUAAUAUGAAAUACAGCCUUUUACUUGCCACUGAGCUGCCUGUAAGUUACUGUCAAAUUCACGGCAACAUUACAUUUUACAUUUUAGUCAUUUAGCAGAAGCUCUUAUCCAGAGCGACUUACAGGAGCAAUUAGGGUUAAGUGCCUUGCUCAAGGGCACAUUGACAGAUUUUUCACCUAGUCGGCUCGGGGAUUCAAACCAGUGACCUUUACAGUGUACACAUAACAUGGUUUGAAUCUAACCAAUACAGUACAAAACCUGCAACAUAACAGAUAGGCUGAUGCCAGUUCCAUCUCUCCCUCAGUGUUCAGAUGUGGGCUACCACCUGUCUCUGUCCCGUGUGCUGCGGUCCUACCUGUCCAGCCGCUCCCUGGCCCAGCAGAACCUGAGUGGAGGGCUGCAGCAGCUCCACACUGUUGUGUCUGGACUGGACCAGAUUCAGGACAGAGACAACCUGCUACAGACUCACACCAACACCUUCUGUCUGCCCCUCCGCUUCCACUACCAGCCACACGAGGGAGACCAGGUAGACUGGGUGGGGUGGAGCAGUGUCAUGUGGGGUGGGGAGUAUCUGUGUGUGUGUGUGUGUGCUUUUAUUUUCUGUGACUAUGUUUUGAAUGUGUGGGCUGUGUAUCUGGAUGUCAUGUGUCUUUGCUCCCAUCUGUCUGAUAUCACCUGAUUCUUCCCUGUUAGGUGUGUGAGGUGAGUGCGGAACAGGAGAUUAGGUGUGAGAUGGAGACCAGGUUACAACAGUUGCAGUCAAAACUCACCGGGUUCACUCAGGAAACGGAGGAGGUACAGUCCAGUCCGAUCGAUCAAUCAAUCAAAUUUAGAGACUUUUUAAAUACUUUUUUCAUCAACAGUUGUCACUAAAUGCUUUACAGUAACCUGGCCUAGACCCACCCAAAAGCCUCAGAUCGACCUUUUAGUGGAUAGUGGAUGGAUUCCAUUAUGUUCACCUUGAAUUCAUUUUUAUAUUGGAUCAAAAUGGAAUUAAAUGAUGUUGACACUCCAUCCUCCCAGGCAGGUAAAACGCUCCAGGCGGCCCGCUCUGCCCUGAUGGAAGGUAUCAGUGAUGAUGACCUAGAUCCUCCACCCUCCAACAGCCAGACCCAGGGCUCUCUGCUCCAUCUCCAGUCCCCGUCUCAGAGCCAAGGUCAGGGGGGAAGCAGUGAGAGCCUGGCCAGCAGCAGUAGCAGACCCAGUCUGGCCAGACGGAGAGCCAACCUGCAGGAGACUGAGGCACUCUACUAUGCUGUGAGUCAUUAUUACACUGACCUACACAUAAGGGUCAGGCCAGAAGUAGUGCACUAUAAUAGGGGUGGUUAUUGUAAUGAUUGUGGUGAUGGUGGUCAUCUUAAUGAUGAAAAUGAAAUACAAGGAGAUGAUGGGGGUGAUGAUGAUGAUGACAAUUUUGAAUUGUGUUUGAUAUCUUCCCUCAGAAAUUGAAGGAGUAUCUCUGUAAAAGCUCUCUGAUAUCCAAACUACAGGCGAAACAUGAUCUGCUUAAAGUGGCAGUUGAGAAAGGUACAGCACUAACUACUUCUGUAAUAUACACAACUGUUCAACAUGUCUGUAGUAUAGCCCCAUCAGGGCCGGAACCAGGUUUGGAGUUUUAGUGAGGUCCGGAACGGGGUAGUUGUGCACUCAUUCUCCGAGAGUCGUUUUUUGUUUGUUUGGGAGAUGUCUGUAGACAUGGCAGGCGUCGCGGGAUGGUUUUAAAAUGGCCUUUUUUCCCGGCAUCUUGCAAAAACUCUUGUUGCCUACUUGAGCCCGGAGCCGACUCAGAACUGGGCUAGUUCGUUUCAUGUCUCAGGCCCUCAGCCUGUACCGCGAGAGGGCGGAGUUAGCCGUUUGAGAGGGGGGUGAAUGUGCUGCUAAAAAGACAAAUCCAGGGAACGCAGGCGAACAUAAAGAACAAACCACUUCACAGAGGCCGGCACGAUUAGAACUCAGUCAGAUCAAGAAUAAAGCGUUCUGAGCUUUGAUCAACGCUGGGAGCAAUAUUUAGAUGUUGACCCGUAAUUGAUUUUCUCUAUUGUGUACAAAAUAUAUAGUUGUAUGAUUAUUAGAAACAAUUAUGGAGGUUUGGACAUCUGUGUCCUCAUAUGUAGUUACGCCCCUGAGCCCCAUACACAGUACACUCAUUGUUGUUACCUCAUUUCCCAAGUGUCAUUGUGGCCAAUAAUUUUCUAAAAUAUAGAUGUUAUCUUAAUCAUUGCUUUUUCUUCCCUUCCUAGCUGAAGCAACCACUGGUCAUCAGCCCAGGUAGAUUUACAUUCCUCUGUAAGGCAUUUAUAACUGCCUCAUAAGAGUAACAUAAAAGUUUAGUGCACUGUGCUAUACUCAACUGACUAGCGGUGUCUCCACCACAUCCAGGAAGUCAGUGCGUGUGAGAAGCAAGAGUCAACCCAGCGUCCAGUUCACCCACAAACUCUUCACCGGAGACAUGCUCUCCUUCAUACAGGCAUCAGGACAGGAGAUACCAGUUGUGGUGGAAAGCUGCAUUCGCUUCAUCAACCUUAACGGUGAGCCAUUGAAACAGCCCAGCAGAACAUACCUUAUCAUCAUAUUACAAACUACAAAUUUACUGUGUAUUUGUCAAUGUCUUCAUGUCUGUCUGUCAAUCCAUCCCAUACUGUAGGUCUCCACCAUGAGGGUAUCUUCAGAGUACCAGGGUCUCAGGGGAAGGUCAACAGUCUGAGAGAUGCCUUUGAGCGAGGUAGGCCUGUCUGCUGUCCAUGUCUGCUGACCCUGUCUCCUGUCUGCUGUCCCUGUCUGCUGUCCCUGUCUCCUGUCUCCUGUCUGCUGUCCCUGUCUCCUGUCUGCUGUCCCUGUCUCCUGUCUGCUGUCCCUGUCUUCUGUCUCCUGCCUGCUGUCCCUGCCUCCUGUCUCCUGUUCCCUGUCUGAUGUCCCUGUCUGAUGUCCCUGUCUGCUGUCCCUGUCUCCUGUCUCCUGUUCCCUGUCUGAUGUCCCUGUCUGAUGUCCCUGUCUGAUGUCCCUGUCUGAUGUCCCUGUCUGAUGUCCCUGUCUGCUGUCCCUGUCUGCUGUCCCUGUCUUCUGUCUCCUGUCUGCUGUCUCCUGCCUGCUGUCCCUGUCUCAUGUCGCCUGUCUCAUGUCGCCUGUCUCAUGUCGCCUGUCUCAUGCCGCCUGUCUCAUGCUGUCUGCUGUCAUCUGUCUCCUGUCCCUGUCCCUGCUUUCUGUCCCUGCUUUCUGUCCCUGCCUCCUGUCGCCUGCCUCAUGUCGCCUGCCUCAUGUCGCCUGCCUCCUGUCGCCUGUCUCAUGUCUCAUGUCGCCUGCCUCCUGUCGCCUGUCUCAUGUCUCAUGUCGCCUGUCUCAUGUCUCAUGUCGCCUGUCUCAUGUCGCUUGUCUCCUCUUGCCUCCUGUCUCUUGCCGCCUGUCUCUUGCCGCCUCUCAUGUCGCCUGUCUCAUGUCGCCUGUCUGCUGUCAUCUGUCUCCUGUCUGCUGUCCCUGCCUCCUGUCUCUGCCUCCUGUCUGCUGUCCCUGCCUCCUGUCUGCUGUCCCUGUCUCCUGUAAAGUGGUUAUCCCACUGGCUAUAAGGUGAAUGCACCAAUUUGUAAGUCGCUCUGGAUAAGAGCGUCUGCUAAAUGACAUAAAUGUAAAAAAAAAAAAAAAUCCUGUCCCGCUGUCUCCUGUCCCGCUGUCUCCUGUCCCGCUGUCUCCUGUCCCGCUGUCUCCUGUCCCGCUGUCUCCUGUCCCGCUGUCUCCUGUCCCGCUGUCUCUUGUCCCGCUGUCUCUUGUCCCGCUGUCUCCUGUCCCGCUGUCUCCUGUCCCGCUGUCUCCUGUCCCGCUGUCUCCUGUCCCGCUGUCUCUUGUCCCGCUGUCUCUUGUCCCGCUGUCUCUUGUCCCGCUGUCUCCUGUCUGCUGUCUCCUGCUCUAGCUUCAUCUAGUGCAGACCUGGGUUCAACAUGUCGCUCUUCUCUUUCAAAUACUUCAUUAUGUCAUAUUGUGUACAUAUUCUACCACCACCAGUUAUUACUAUGCAUAGUACUUUUUUUAUCACAUACUUAUAUUUUUGAUUUGACGUUUGAUUAUUAUUGAUAUUGAUAUUAAUACUGAACUGUUGAGGAGAGCUUGCAAGUAAGCAUUUCUCUGCACCAUUUAUACCUGCUGUAUCGUGUGUAUGGGACAAAUAAACUUUGAUUUGAUUUAGCUGGCCUGGCACAAUGGAACCAAUGUUAUAGUCCCAAAAGUGCAAACCCAGGCAGGCUCAAUUGAACACACAAAGUAUUUGAAAGAAAACAAAUCCAGUACUAUUUGAACCCAGGUCUGGUGUCUAUCUAGUGAAGCCAUAGUCCUGUGCAGUAGUGUUGAUCAUUAAUAAUGGUGGGCAGUAUGCCCUGGUCGUUCCCUGUAGGAGAGGACCCUGUAGCAGACAGCAGGUGUGACUUGGACUCAGUAGCAGGAGUACUGAAACUCUACUUUAGAACCCUGGCGAACCCUCUGUUUCCUCAAGACAGUACCGCUCAGCUCCUGGAGUACGCACGUAAGUGUGUGUGUGUAUGUACAGUGGGGAGAACAAGUAUUUGAUACACUGCCGAUUUUGCAGGUUUUCCUACUUACAAAGCAUGUAGAGGUCUGUAAUUUUUUAUCAUAGGUACACUUCAACUGUGAGAGAUGGAAUCUAAAACAAAAAUCCAGAAAAUCACAUUGUAUGAUUUUUAAGUAAUUAAUUUGCAUUUUAUUGCAUGACAUAAAUAUUUGAUACAUCAGAAAAGCAGAACUUAAUAUUUGGUACAGAAACCUUUGUUUGCAAUUACAGAGAUCAUACGUUUCCUGUAGGUCUUGACCAGGUUUGCACACACUGCAGCAGGGAUUUUGGCCCACUCCUCCACACAGACCUUCUCCAGAUCCUUCAGGUUUCGGGGCUGUCGCUGGGCAAUACGGACUUUCAGCUCCCUCCAAAGAUUUUCUAUUGGGUUCAGGUCUGGAGACUACCUAGGCCACUCCAGGACCUUGAGAUGCUUCUUACGGAGCCACUCCUUAGUUGCCCUGGCUGUGUGUUUCGGGUCGUUGUCAUGCUGGAAGACCCAGCCACGACCCUUCUUCAAUGCUCUUACUGAGGGAAGGAGGUUGUUGGCCAAGAUCUCGCGAUACAUGGCCCCAUCCAUCCUCCCCUCAAUAUGGUGCAGUCGUCCUGUCCCCUUUGCAGAAAAGCAUCCCCAAAGAAUGAUGUUUUCCCCUCCAUGCUUCACGGUUGGGAUGGUGUUCUUGGGGUUGUACUCAUCCUUCUUCUUCCUCCAAACACGGCGAGUGGAGUUUAGACCAAAAAGCUCUAUUUUUGUCUCAUCAGACCACAUGACCUUCUCCCAUUCCUCCUCUGGAUCAUCCAGAUGGUCAUUGUCAAACUUCAGACGGGCCUGGACAUGCGCUGGCUUGAGCAGGGGGACCUUGCGUGCGCUGCAGGAUUUUAAUCCAUGACGGCGUAGUGUGUUACUAAUGGUUUUCUUUGCGACUGUGGUCCCAGCUCUCUUCAGGUCAUUGACCAGGUCCUGCCUUGUAGUUCUGGGCUGAUCCCUCACCUUCCUCAUGAUCAUUGAUGCCCCACGAGGUGAGAUCUUGCAUGGAGCCCCAGACCGAGGGUGAUUGACCGUCAUCUUGAACUUCUUCCAUUUUCUAAUAAUUGCGCCAACAGUUGUUGCCUUCUCACCAAGCUGCUUGCCUAUUGUCCUGUAGCCCAUCCCAGCCUUGUGCAGGUCUACAAUUUUAUCCCUGAUGUCCUUACACAGCUCUCUGGUCUUGGCCAUUGUGGAGAGGUUGGAGUCUGUUUGAUUGAGUGUGUGGACAGGUAUCUUUUAUAUAGGUAACGAGUUCAAACAGGUGCAGUUAAUACAGGUAAUGAGUGGAGAACAGGAGGGCUUCUUAAAGAAAAACUAACAGGUCUGUGAGAGCCGGAAUUUUUACUGGUUGGUAGGUGAUCAAAUACUUAUGUCAUGCAAUAAAAUGCAAAUUAAUUACUUAAAAAUCAUACAAUGUGAUUUUCUGGAUUUUUGUUUUAGAUUCCGUCUCUCACAGUUGAAGUGUACCUAUGAUAAAAACUACAGACCUCUAUAUGCUUUGUAAGUAGGAAAACCUGCAAAUUCGGCAGUGUAUCAAAUACUUGUUCUCCCCACUGUAUGUGUAUAUUGUGGAGGUUUUCAUAUGCUUUUCCUGUUAAUCUCUCUCUUCCUUGUACCCAACCCUUCCAGAGAUUGACAACGAGACAGAGAGAGCAGUUAAACUCAAAUCAGUCAUCUCCUCCUAUCCUCCACCUGUCAUCAUCGUCAUGAGAUACCUCUUUGCAUUCCUCCAUCAGUGAGUAUCUCUGCUCAAACACUUUGGUUUAGGCACAUAUACUGUACUGUAUGUCCAAGUCAAGUGAUUUGUCCAUGCCGUGUGUGUGUGUGUGUGUGAGAGAGAGAGAGACUAACUUUGUUGUUCUUUUUGCCCUCUUCUUUCUUUCUCUCUCUCGCUCUCCCCCUGCGCCAUCUCCCCACAGUGUGUCUCAGUACAGCGAUGAGAACAUGAUGCAGCCCUAUAAUCUGGCUGUGUGCUUCGGCCCUAGUCUGUUACGAGGGGCGCAGGAUGAUGAUGUCGUUACCCUGCAGCCUCAGAUCAACUCCCUGGUGAAGAGCAUCAUCUUGCAGCAUGAGAGCAUCUUCCCCAGCCCGGCCGAGCUACAGGGACCCGUGUAUGAGAAAUGCAUGACGCUGGAGCAAGACGAUUGGUGAGAGAAAACACAUGGAUAGAUGGACCGCGACCUAGACAAACACGCACACACACACAAUGGUGAUCGCCUGUGUUUAUUUUGCAGUGAGGAGGGAGAAGGGGAUUCAGAACAUCACAGUAAAGAAGGUAAAAGGAGGACAGCUGUUAUCUUUAUCUUUGUGUGUUUUGAGAAUCAGUCAUUUGACACUGAGAUAUUGUUUGUCUCAUCUAUGCUGUAUGAGAAACAUUUCUCAACUAUAGAUGGAAACUAGCCAGCUGGCUAAAUCUGACACAUUUACAGAAAUGUUGAUUGAUGUGCGUUGUCCCAUUAAUAACUCUUGAUCCAGAGUCCGAGUGGAAGGGAGAGCGAUCUCAAGCCAACAGCAGCUGCAGUUCAAGACAGCCCCCAUUAGGGGGCACUGUGACCCCAGCAGGAAAGUUCACUUUACAGUUCCCAAUGACCCCACAGGGAUGGCCCCUCUCCCCUGGAUACAUAAGCAAAGAGUAAGUACCAUCAAAGAUACUUCGGUAACACUUCAUUUUAAAGGGUCCUUAUUACAUAAGUAAUUACACUGUAACAAGUAUUGUAAUUCAUUGUAAUAAUUCAUAGUUACCCUGUACUAACAACAUGUAACUGGUGGUAAUUGCAGUCGGUACCAGAGGUGUAACAACGAAUGCUUGUUACCAUGCUUGUUGCAAAUGUUCAAGUUUCCGAUAGCAUCCCAACGCACCAUUUUUCAGCUAACCAUGUUAUAAGUGGUAGCCAAUUGAAAACCAACCACUCUGCUAUAAAGGGGUUUGGAGUCUGAUUCCCAGGUCCAGCUUCUGUUUGAAAUGCAUGGAAGGUUUUGAUCGCUAUGGCAAAAACAGGGGGUUUACAUCCAAAAUUAGUGAUUAAAUCAUUUAAUGGUGCAUUUGACCUAAUAUAGCAACAGUAGCAAAGGAGGACAGGGCUUGACCAUGGGUGAAUUACUUUAUUAAGCAUCAAUCAAACAGCUUUAACACAUUAAUAAACAGUUAUGGCAAUAAUUGGGAGAUAGUCAUUCAGUGCUUGCCAAAUUGUGAGUCUAUUAAGCUUGGUUGAAUAAUGGUUUAUAAAUUCACUUAAAAUGGUCAUAAGACAACCUCUUAUUUCAUAAUGUAACCUUGCAAGGUUUUUUACGGUUGAAGAUCAUUCUCACUUUUAGAUGGGAUGCAUUGGUGCACUUAUUUAUUUAUCCCAGGAAUUAAGGCAUCACAUCAAGAUCUGCCCAUCUGCACAACGUGCUCGAAAUAACGACCUGAAACUCAUAGUGACAGUGCACAAAGAACCCGGAUCAAGAAGGUUAUGUGCAAAAUCAAGACAUAAGAGAUUGCCGCAAAAGAAACAAAGUGUUGUAGAGGAGACAAAAACAUCCACACAGGAGAGAGAAGGUAGGUUUUCAAUGCAAUUUGUUUUGCUGUUUGGAUACAGAAAUUGUGCUGGACGAUUUAGCAUAGGUAGUUAGCUAGUUAGCUAGCAUUUGCCAGCUAGCUAGCCUAUUGUUAGCUAGCAAGCUAACAAUAAUUUGCUAGCUGGCAAACGUUAGCUGCCAUUUUUGGUAGGCCUAUCAACUAGGCUGGCUGGCUAGCUAGCUAGCUAACUUAGUUAACAUACAGAAUAGACUUUUCAUGCCUUGACAGAUAAAGUUAUCUAGCUAGCAAGCUAGCUGGGCUCGAUGGUCUUAUCUUCCCUGAACCUUGUUUUCAGGGUAUUCGUACGGUACUCAAGGAAAGGGUAUUACGUGAGACACACCCGGCAUAUUAACAUUAGUUACUUGUGUCAACACAGCUAUUAGUAGCUAAUUUUCAAUGUAAACACUAGCUAGCUAGCUUAUUAGUGUUAGCAAUCACCAGGAUAACGCUAGCUGGAUAACACAACAACUAGGUAGCUACAGUGGCUUGCGAAAGUAUUCACCCCCCUUGGCAUUUUUCCUAUUUUGUUGCCGUACAACCUGGAAUUAAAAUUGAUUUUUGGGGGGUUUGUAUCAUUCGAUUUACACAACAUGCCUACCACUUUGAUGAUGCAAAUGUUUUUAAAAUUGUGAAACAAACAAAAAAUAAGACAAAAAACAGAACUUGAGCGUGCAUAACUAUUCACCCCCCCCAAAGUCAAUACUUUGUAGAGCCACCUUUUGCAGCAAUUACAGCUGCAAGUCUCUUGGGGUAUGUCUCUAUAAGCUUGGCACAUCUAGCCACUGAGAUUCUUUCCUCAUUCUUCAAGGCAAAACUGCUCCAGCUCCUUCAAGUUGGAUGGGUUCCACUGGUGUACAGCAAUCUUUAAGUCAUACCACAGAUUCUCAAUUGGAUUGAGGUCUGGGCUUUGACUAGGCCAUUCCAAGACAUUUAAAUGUUUCCCCGUAAACCACUCAAGUUGCUUUAGCAGUAUGCUUAGGGUCAUUGUCCUGCUGGAAGGUGAACCUCCGUCCCAGUCUCAAAUCUCUGGAAGACUGAAACAGGUUUCCCUCAAGAAUUUCCCUGUAUUUAGCGCCAUCCAUCAUUCCUUCAAUUCUGACCAGUUUCCCAGUCACCCUGAUGAAAAACAUCCCCACAGCAUGAUGCUGCCACCACCAUGCUUCAUUGUGGGGAUGGUGUUCUCGGGGUGAUGAGAGGUGUUGGGUUUGCGCCAGACAUAGCGUUUUCCUUGAUGGCCAAAAAAGCUCAAUUUUAGUCUCAUCUGACCAGAGUACCUUCUUCCAUAUGUUUGGGGAGUCUCCCACAUUCCUUUUGGCGAACACCAAAUGUGUUUGCUUAUUUUUUUCUUUAAGCAAUGGCUUUUUUCUGGCCACUCUUCUGUAAAGCCCAGCUCUGUGGAGUGUACGGCUUAAAGUGGUCCUAUGGACAGAUACUCCAAUCUCCGCUGUGGAGCUUUGCAGCUCCUUCAGGGUUAUCUUUGGUCUCUUUGUUGCCUCUCUGAUUAAUGCCCUCCUUGCCUGGUCCAUGAGUUUUGGUGGGUGGCCCUCUCUUGGCAGGUUUGUUGUGGUGCCAUAUUCUUUCCAUUUUUUAAUAAUGGAUUUAAUGGUGCUCCGUGGGAUGUUCAAAGUUUCUGAUAUUUUUUUAUAACCCAACCCUGAUCUGUACUUCUCCACAACUUUGUCCCUGAUCUGUUUGGAGAGCUCCUUGGUCUUCAUGUUGCCGCUUGCUUGGUGGUGCCCCUUGCUUAGUUGUGUUGCAGACUCUGGGGCCUUUCAGAACAUAUAUGUGUGUGUGUGUGUGUGUGUGUGUGUGUGUGUGUGUGUGUGUGUGUGUGUGUGUGUGUGUGUGUGUGUGUGUGUGUGUAUAUAUGUAUGUAUAUAUAUAUAUAUAUAUAUAUAUAUAUAUAUAUAUAUAUAUAUAUAUAUAUAUAUAUAUAUAUAUAAUAUAUAUAUACUGAGAUCAUGUGACACUUAGAUUGCACACAUGUGGACUUUAUGUAACUAAUUAUGUGACUUCUGAAGGUAAUUGGUUGCACCAGAUCUUAUUUAGGGGCUUCAUAGCAAAGGGGGUGAAUACAUAUGCACGCACCACUUUUCCGUUAUUAAUUUUUUAGAAUUUUUUUAAACAAGUAAUUUUUUUCACUAAACCAAUUUGGACUAUUUUGUGUAUGUCCAUUACAUUAAAUCCAAAUAAAAAUCCACUUAAAUUACAGGUUGUAAUGCAACAAAAUAGUACAAAUUCCAAGGGGGAUGAAUACUUUUGCAAGGCACUGUAUGCCUACCUAUAGGCAUAAACCCUAAUUGAUAGAAACUUGGUACUGAUGAAAGCAGAGAUAUUGGAGGAAGGUUUAUAUACCGUCUCUGAUGAUAGCUAGCUAGCUAAUUGUACAGUGCAUUCGGAAAGUAUUCAGACCCCUUCCCUUCUUCCACAUUUUGUUACGUUACAGCCUUAUUCUAAAAUGGAUUACAUCUUUUUAAAAAACAUCAAUCUACAGUAUUGUGUGUAGAUUGAUGUUUUUUUCUAAAAUGUAAUCCAUUUUAGAAUAAGGUAUUAUUACAUUAUAUUACAUAAGUAUUCGGACCUGAAAUUGUUUUCAUUGAUCAACCUUGAGUUUUUCUACAACUUGAUUGGAGUCCACCUGUGGUAGACAGGAUUGUGUCGAGGCACAGAUCUGGGGAAGGGUACCAAAAAAUGUCUGCAGCAUUGAAGGUCCCCAAGAACACAAUGCCCUCCAUCAUUCUUAAAUGGAAGAAGUUUGGAACCACCAAGACUCUUCAUAGAGCUGGCCUGCCCGGCCUAACUGAGCAAUCGGGGGAGAAGGGCCUUGGUCAGGGAGGUGACCACGAACCCAAUGGUCACUCUGACAGAGCUCCAGAGUUCCUCUGUGGAGAUGGGAGAACCUUCCAGAAGGACAGCCAUCUCUGCAGCACUCCACCAAUCAGACUUUUAUGGUAGAGUGGCCAGACGGAAGCCACUUCUCAGUGAAAGGCACAUGACAACCUGCUUGGAGUUUGCCAAAAGGCACCGAAAGGACUCUCAGAUCAUGAGAAACAAGAUUCUCUGGUCUGAUGAAACCAAGAUUGAACUCUUUGGCCUGAAUGCCAAACGUCACGUCUGGAGGAAACCUGGCAUCAUCCCUACGGUGAAGCAUGGUUGUGGCAGUAUCAUGCUGUGGGGAUGUUUUUCAGCGGCAGGGACUGGGAGACUAGUCAGGAUCGAGGGAAAGAUGAACGGAGCAAAGUACGGAGAGAUCCUUGAUGAAAACCUGCUCCAGAGCGCUCAGGACCUCAGACUGGGGCGACGGUUCUCCUUCCAACAGGACAACGACCCUAAGCACACAGCCAAGACAACGCAGGAGUGGCUUCUGGACAAGUCUCUGAAUGUCCUUGAGUGGCCCAGCCAGAGCCCGGACUUGAACCCUAUCGAACAUCUCUAGAGAGACCUGAAAAUAGCUGUGCAGUGACGCUCCCCAUCCAACCUGACAGAACUUGAGAGGAUCUGCAGAGAAGAAUGGGAGAAACUCCCCAAAUACAGGUGUAGCAAGCUUGUAGCAUCAUACCCAAGAAGACUCGAGGCUGUAAUUGCUGCCAAAAAUGCUUUGUUUCACCUCUGUAAUUACAGACUGCAAUUACCACAGUUACAUGUUAUUACAGUUUAACCAUGAGUUAUUACAAUGAACUACAAUACUUGUUAGUGUAAUUACACAUGUUAUUACACUGUAAUAAGGACCCCUCACCUAAUACUGAAGUAUCAUGUACCACCAAGUUUUUAAACCAUACUGUAGCUGUAACUGUAACUUUUAAAGUAACAUCUACUCUGCUAUUCACAGGGUAUAUUGACUUGUUAUGGUAGUAGUUUUAGCACUCAUUCAUUGUCAUAUGUUGUAGUGAUCUAAAUAGACCAAAGCGCUUGACCUGAAAUCUCUCUCUCUCUGUCUCUGUCUCUUUUUCACAGAGCCCAGGACCUGUCGUCCAGUGAAGACAUAACAGUUCAGGUUGACAAGGUCUGACAUGUUUUUCAUUAAGCUCACAUUAAAUCAUUUAUUUCUCUAAUUACCAGCAGCAGCAGCUGUAGCAAAUUACUGUUCUCAUUAUUGAACUCACUAAGCUUACAUAAUAAGAGGUAAGCUACUACGCUAGAGGGAGUCCACUCAGUCCAGCGAAGAAAAACAUCUCUAUCCACUUUUCUUCCCUUCAUCAUUGUCCCCCUCCUCCCUCAUUCCCUCUUUUCUUCCCUUCAUCAUUGUCCCCCUCCUCCCUCAUUCCCUCUUUUCAUCCCUUCAUCAUUGUCCCCCUCCUCUCUCUUUUCAUCUCGUAGGAGGUCUGCCGCCAGAUGAACUCUGUCUUCAAGGAGCUUCUCUCUCGACAAUCUCUCCCUCCCGACUCCUCCACCUCCUCCCACCCUCCGCCACAGCAGAAGAAAGGAGGGAUCGGGUGGAGAAGGGAAAAGCCUGUUUAGAUCAGGCCAACUGGACCGACAGAAAGCGAAAGGAGACCCGAAUUAAUGGAUGGAUGAAUGGAUGAAUGAAUGAAUAAAUAAAUUAAUGAGGAAAUGAACGGGAGAGAGACGAGACUCAGACGAGAAGAGAGGGGGGGAGGAGGAAGGAGAGUGACUCGGGCUGAUUGAAUGAUUGUAGGUGUUGGAUGACAGGUUCUGGCAGCUGCCUUUGACAGUGUGUUUUACAGAUUGCUGGAUUAAAUUAACCACAGUCAGUUCACUGUACUGUACUUGUCUGCUGUGCUACUCAGAGCAGCCUGCAUUGUGGAGCCUGUGAAUAGACAGACAGAAUCCUACUGUGAAGCCUUUUGUUAGUGUGUUUGAUACAACAGAACCCUAACCCCCCACUCUGGAAGCAUUGGAUUGUUGGAAGCGUUGUGCGUGUACAAGGGCACACUUUAGGAAAAGUGUUGAGAAUCAGGACCCAGGACAAUGUUAACUAAUCAACAGCAGUGUUUUUUUUGCAUGAGUAGAUUUAUCAUAAGUUAUUUUACCCACAAUGACUUGGACAAUGACUUGGAAUGUGCACUGCUGUAUCCUCAUGCGUGUGGAUGGAUAAACCGUACUACUGUUAUUUUAUUUAUAUAAUCAGUGAUGUAUACCAAUGUGUGCAAUGAUAAACUAUAUGCUCCAAGACAAGUGCUUGCCAUCAAUUUUGAACUUUAAAAGACCAUGUGUCUGUCUAUAUGUGUGGUCACAUUCAAAUGCUAAUUCUUUAUUAACAGAUGAAAGGGCCAUUCUACCUGUGCCAGUGAGAUGCCUGUUCGUGAUUGAGUCUCUAAGAAACUGAUAACAAUCAACUGUGAAUUCUAACUCGGAUUAGUUUCAUUCUCUCAGGGAUAAAAUGUUUCUAGAUCAUUCUAUUACUAUUUUUAGAUAGUUUUAAGGAUCUGACCAUUGUUUUAAUAAACUUUUAUUUAGAAUUUGUUCAAAAUGUCAUAUGUUACUGUAGGUAUAUGUUUUACAUGUUACAGGACAAGGAGAAGCCAGUUGCGGUUAGACAUUUGCUCACUAGAUGGCAGCCUCAACUCACAGAGGAUGCAGUACGUGUGUCCUAUGUUCUUGGAUAAUGUAUUGUAUAUUCUAAUGAGAUAAACCAAGGGGGUGUUGCUGAUGUGCAAACCGAUACUCCUAAUUUUUGAGUUGGUUAAAAUUAGGUUAUGGAAAGGGUUUUGGUUAAGGUUAGGGAAGAUUCGGUUUUUAGGUUUGGGCUGGUCAGGCUGGCAAUGGGAUUCUGGUCAGAAGAGUCAGCUUAGUCUCUCCCAUUCUUGAAAUGUCUUCAGUACACUGCUCCAACAACAUAUGCAUCCCAUUAUUAGCUCUUUGACCAGGAAAAUUACAUAGUGUAAUCACUGUGACUGAUACAUUGUAAUUAGCUGUGUUUGGCCUUAGGAAACGGAACGGGCUUGAAACACUUUGAGCUGCAGAAAAAGUGUGAAAAGGAAGUCUUCGUCAAGACAAGGCAUGGGGUAAACAUAACCUCCAGAACAUUAUGUUCUAGUUCGCUUAUCAUUCAGGAUACACACACAAAGACAUGCACACACGCACGUGCACACACACACAAAGAAGCAGAGAAGGCAUUGAUAAAUGUUGCCCUGUCUCAAAUCGACUCCUAUGUCCUAUGCCCUUCGCCCUAUGCCCUAUGCCCUAUGCCCUUGUGGAGAUCUGAGGGGGUAUGAUAGGUAUAAACAUGAUAAUAUGGUGAACAUUCCACCUGGCCUAUCAGAGGUCUAGAUUGAUCAUGUUAGUUACACCUAUCAAAUCCUCUCAGAACAAAUCAAUCAAAUUGUGUUUGUCACAUGCUUGGUAAAACAACAGGUGUAGGCUAACAGUGAAAUGCUUCCUUACGGGCCCUUCCCAACAAUACAGAGAGAGAAAUAUAAAUAAUAGAAAAAUCUCUGGGGGCGGCAGGUAGCUUAGUGGUUAAGAGCGUUGUGCCAGUAACCGAAAGGUCGCUGGUUGUAAUCCCCGAGCCGACUAGGUGAAAAAUCUUUCGAUGUGCCCUUGAGCAAGGCACUUAACCCUAAUUGCUCCUGUAAGUCGCUCUGGAUAAGAGCGUCUGCUAAAUGACUAAAAUGUAAAUGUAUCUCCCCAAGGGCAUAGGAUGUACUGUAGGAUCUAGGGGUAAACCCAAGGGCAUAGGACGUACUGUAGGAUCUAGGGGUCGACCCAAGGGUGGAGGGUCUAGGGGUCGAAUUGGGAUUGGGAAACUAAUAGACGUCACACUGCAUCAGGGAUUACAGAUGACAGUUUUCAGGCUUGCUACAUCUGGCACAUUAACAGAAAUGUUGAUCAAUGUGCACUGUCCCUGUCAAAGAAAUGAAAUCAUAGUGACCCCUGACCCCUACACUAAGGUACUGUCUAAACCAUCUCAGUCACUCCGCCCCUCUGGUUCCCUCAUCCCCUACAGUAUGAGAGGACUGAGACCCCUAGCCAAUUCAUCAUGGCCCCGUAUACACUCAGAUUGUACAACUGAUGUACAACACAUUUGACACAACGGACAGUUUUUCUGCACAAACAUUAUUACAGAACGUUGUCGAGACUGCACAACGGUUGUGUAAUAAUUUUUGCGCAGGCAAACUCUUCAUUGUAUCACAAAAAUAUCAGCUGUAUCACAACUGCUGUGUGAAAUGUAGUGUAGGCUACAUCAGUUGUGCAACCUGAGUGUGUACUGGACCAGAGGUACUGUCCAACCCCUUUAGUCUUUCCAUCCCUACGGUCAGAACGGACAGAGACCCACUGACCCCUGCUGUCCAUUUAAUAAUCACAAUGUCACUGACGGUUAAUUCCCCAACUGUUUAGAUUCUGUGGGAAAGUUUUGAGUUGUUCCCUGUGAUUUAUAAUUUAUAUACUGAAUAUAAAAUAAUGUGUUUAUAGAGAGAUUUUAUGUAAGAAUUGAAUGUACGUAGCACUGUGGAGCGACGAAGGAGCUCGAUGAGUGAUGUAUGGUGUGUGAUGAGUGCUGGGAAUUACCCUCCAGUGUAUUUUGGCUUCGGACUAUUUAGGCUUUCUGUCUCUCUUCGACUCCCUCUGUCUCCAUCAGUUGUUUGGUCCGCAGAGACCCUGAAGUUGGCUUGUACACAUCUCUUUCUCUCUUUUGUUUGUGUGUUGUUUAAGAUCAAGAUUCUGAGUACACCCUCCCCAGGGCGUACUCUCCCUCCCAUACCACUUCCAUCUCCUCCACCACUCCAUCAUACCUCCUCCUUCUCCUCCGCCACUCCCGCUUACCGCCUCCACCACCUCCACGUCCUCCACCUCUCCCCAUACCUCCUUCACCUCUCCCUCAUACCUCCUCCACCCCUCCCCAUACCUCUUCCACCUCUCACCCAUACCUCCUCCACCUCUCCCCCAUACCUCCUCCACCCCUCAAUCAUACCUCCUCCUUCUCCUCCACCUCUCCCCCAUACCUCUCUCCAUAUUAUUAUGUGAUCAUCCAAUAAGCCAUCAGGGAUUGGACCCAUAACCCCUGCAGCAUAGCCACUGAAGUUGCAUGGAAACCAAAUCAAACAGGUUAGUGUGGAUUUCAUUUCAGCCAUUUUAUUCAUCACAGACAGACGCCCAUACUCUUUCCGUCCUCUCCGUCACUCUCUCUCUUUCUCUGCACUCCAUCUCUCUCUCUCUCUAUCUCUCUCUCUCUCACACAUUCCUCUCUCUCUCUCUCUCUCUCGCUCUCGCUCCUCUCUCUCUCCUCGUCUCCUCUCUCUCUCUCUCCUCUCUCUCGCCUCGUCUUCUCCUCCCUUCUCCUCUCGGUCCGCUCUCUCUCAAUCCUCUCUCUCCUCCUCUCUCUCUCCUCUCUCUCUUCUGUCGCUCUCUCACAUUACUCAUCUCCUUGGUCUGACCAGGUGUCCAGAUGUCCUUCGUUGUCCAUCCAGGCUCUGUUGUAGCCGGCCGCGACCGGGAGACCCAUGGGGCGACGCACAAUUGGCCCAGCGUCGUCCAGGGUAGGGGAGGGAAUGGCCUGCAGGGAUGUAGCUCAGUUGGUAGAGCAUGGCGUUUGCAACACCAGGGUUGUGGGUUCGAUUCAACGGGGGGCCAGUAUGAAAAAACAUUUAAGAAAUAAUGUAUGCACUCACUAACUGUAAGUCGCUCUGGAUAAGAGCGUCUGCUAAAUGACUUAAAUGUAAAUGUCCUCUCUCCCCUCGUGGCAGCAGCAUUAUAUCCUCUAGCUCUCUCUCCACAGGAUGUUGGUGGCAUCUUUAUUGGGGAGGAAGAGCUUGUGGUAAUGGCUGGAGCAGAAUAGGUGGAAUGGUGUCAAAUACAUCAAACGCAUGGUUUCCACAACACAACAGGUUUCCAUGUGUUUGAUGCCAUUCCAUUUGCUCCGUUCCAGACAUUAUUAUGAUCUGUCUUCCCCUCAGCAGCCUCCACUGCCUGUCUCUAUCUCUCUCCCUCUCUCUCUCCUCCUCAUAUUUCUCAAUCCGUCUCUGCCGUCCUCCUGUGUAUGAAAACCGACUCCUUUCUACCAUGAAAAAUGAAGUGGUGGUUAUAGAGUUUGACCCUAACAGCGAGAUAUGGAAAUUAUAUUCAACACGAUAAUGUGAGUUGCCAUAACUCUUGCUUUCUUGUGUUUGCCUCUGGCUCAAUUUCCUAAUUUCUCUCUUCCCCACAAUUGAGGUCUUAUAAGUCAUGUCCCUUUUAUUCAGGCCAUAAGUUCAUGUCUGUGGUUGUGUGGCUGUGUGCAUACAUGUGAGUGUCUUUGUGUGUGUGCACGUGGCUGCUUGUGUUCAUGCAUGUGUGUGCUUGUGCAUGUGUGUUCCUCCCCUUCCUGUGUGUAUCUUCGCUCAGCGCUGCUCUCCAGGUGAUAGUAAUCAAUCAGAUUGUCUGAUCAGGCCUCUGCCCAUCACAGCUUGCUUCAGUCACUCUUUUAAUAGGCCUUUUCAGAGCCACAUGGCUUAGGUACAUUACAAUAUUACAUUUACAUUUACGUCAUUUAGCAGACGCUCUUAUCCAGAGCGACUUACAAAUAGGUGCAUUCACCUUAUAGCCAGUGGGAUAACCACUUUACAAUGUUUUUAUUUUAUUUUUUUGGGGGGGGUGGGGUGGGGGGUGGGUUGGAGUAAAGGGUGGGGGGGGGGGGGGGUAGAAGGAUUACUUUAUCCUAUCCCAGGUAUUCCUUAAAGAGGUGGGGUUUCAAAUGUCUCCGGAAGGUGGUGAGUGACUCCGCUGUCCUGGCGUCGUGAGGGAGCUUCUUCCACCAUUGGGGUGCCAGAGCAGCGAACAGUUUUGACUGGGCUGAGCGGGAACUAUGCUUCCGCAGAGGUAGGGGAGCCAGCAGGCCAGAGGUGGAUGAACGCAGUGCCCUCGUUUGGGUGUAGGGACUGAUCAGAGCCUGAAGGUACGGAGGUGCCGUUCCCCUCACAGCUCCGUAGGCAAGCACCAUGGUCUUGUAGCAGAUGCGAGCUUCAACUGGAAGCCAGUGGAGUGUGCGGAGGAGCGGGGUGACGUGAGAGAACUUGGGAAGGUUGAACACCAGACGGGCUGCGGCAUUCUGGAUGAGUUGUAGGGGUUUAAUGGCACAGGCAGGGAGCCCAGCCAACAGCGAGUUGCAGUAAUCCAGACGGGAGAUGACAAGUGCCUGGAUUAGGACCUGUGCCGCUUCCUGUGUAAGGCAGGGUCGUACUCUCCGAAUGUUGUAGAGCAUGAACCUACAGGAUCGGGUCACCGCCUUGAUGUUAGCGGAGAAUGACAGGGUGUUGUCCAGGGUCACGCCAAGGCUCUUCGCACUCUGGGAGGAGGACACAACGGAGUUGUCAACCGUAAUGGCGAGAUCAUGGAACGGGCAGUCCUUCCCCGGGAGGAAGAGCAGCUCCGUCUUGCCGAGAUUCAGCUUGAGGUGGUGAUCCGUCAUCCAUACUGAUAUGUCUGCCAGACAUGCAGAGAUGCGAUUCGCCACCUGGUUAUCAGAAGGGGGAAAGGAGAAGAUUAGUUGUGUGUCGUCAGCGUAGCAAUGAUAGGAGAGGCCAUGUGAGGAUAUGACAGAGCCAAGUGACUUGGUGUAUAGCGAGAAUAGGAGAGGGCCUAGAACUGAGCCCUGGGGGACACCAGUGGUGAGAGCACGUGGUGCGGAGACAGCUUCUCGCCACGCCACUUGGUAGGAGCGACCGGUCAGGUAGGACGCAAUCCAAGAGUGAGCCGCGCCGGAGAUGCCCAGCUCGGAGAGGGUGGAGAGGAGGAUCUGAUGGUUCACAGUAUCAAAGGCAGCAGACAGGUCUAGAAGGACAAGAGCAGAGGAGAGAGAGUUAGCUUUAGCAGUGCGGAGAGCCUCUGUGACACAGAGAAGAGCAGUCUCAGUUGAAUGACCAGUCUUGAAACCUGACUGGUUUGGAUCAAGAAGGUCAUUCUGAGAGAGAUAGCAAGAGAGUUGGCUAAAGACGGCACGCUCAAUAGUUUUGGAGAGAAAAGAAAGAAGGGAUACUGGUCUGUAUUUGUUGACAUCAGAGGGAUCGAGUGUUGGUUUUUUGAGAAGGGGUGCAACUCUCGCUCUCUUGAAGACGGAAGGGACAUAGCCAGCGGUCAAGGAUGAGUUGAUCAGCGAGGUGAGGUAAGGGAGAAGGUCACCGGAGAUGGUCUGGAGAAGAGAGGAGGGGAUAGGGUCAAGCGGGCAGGUUGUUGGGCGGCCUGCCGUCACAAGUCGCAAGAUUUGGAGAGAGAGGGGAGAAAGAAGUCAAAGCAUAGGGUAGGGCAGUGUGAGCAGGACCAGCAGUGUCAUUUGACUUAACAAACGAGGAUCGGAUGUCGUCAACCUUCUUUUCAAAAUGGUUGACGAAGUCAUCCACAGAGAGGGAGGGGGGGGGGGGGAUUCAGCAGGGAGGAGAAUGUGGCAAAGAGCUUCCUAGGGUUAGAGGCGGAUGCUUGGAAUUUAGAGUGGUAGAAAGUGGCCUUAGCAGCAGAAACAGAUGAAGAAAAUGUAGAGAGGAGGGAGUGAAGAGAUGCCAGGUCUGCAGGAAGUCUAGUUUUCUUCCAUUUCCGCUCAGCUGCCCGGAGCUCUGUCCUGUGAGCUCGCAAUGAGUCAUCAAGCCACGGAGCUGGAGGGGAGGACCGAGCCGGCCGGGAGGAUAGGGGACAUAGAGAGUCAAAGGAUGCAGAAAGGGAGGAGAGGAGGGUUGAGGAGGCAGAAUCAGGAGAUUGGAGGGAGAAGGAUUGAGCAGAGGGAAGAGAUGAUAGGAUGGAAGAGGAGAGAGUAGCGGGAGAGAGAGAGCGAAGGUUGCGACGGCGCAUUACCAUCUGUGUAGGGGCAGAGUGAGUAGUGUUGGAGGAGAGGGAGAGAAAAAAGGAUACAAAGUAGUGGUCGGAGACAUGGAGGGGAGUUGCAGUGAGAUUAGUAGAAGAACAGCAUCUAGUAAAGAUGAGGUCAAGCGUAUUGCCUGCCUUGUGAGUAGGGGGGGACGGUGAGAGGGUGAGGUCAAAAGAGGAGAGGAGUGGAAAGAAGGAGGCAGAGAGAAAUGAGUCAAAUGUAGACGUAGGGAGGUUGAAAUCCCCCAGAACUGUGAGGGGUGAGCCAUCCUCAGGAAAGGAACUCAUCAAGGCGUCAAGCUCAUUGAUGAACUCUCCAAGGGAACCUGGAGGGCGAUAGAUGACAAGGAUAUUAAGCUUAAAUGGGCUAGUGACUGUGACAGCAUGGAAUUCAAAUGAGGAGAUAGACAGAUGGGUCAGGGGAAAAAUUGAGAAUGUCCACUUGGGAGAGAUGAGGAUUCCUGUGCCACCACCCCGCUGACCAGAUGCUCAAUAUGUCAGGGUUCAGCUAUUCCAUCCAUCAAUUAACUCAAAGUGUCUGCUCUCAGUGCUCCGUGAGAGAGAGAGAGAGCGAGAGAGAGAGAGAGAGAGAGAGAGAGAGAGAGGUCAUCUGCCUUUGGCCUAAAGAACAGGAACCUGGACUUCAGCAAAGAUAUCAGAAAUACAGACAUUGUCAUCCUACAAGAAACAUGGUAUAGAGGAGAUGGACCCACUGGUUGCCCUCUAGGUUACAGAGAGCUGGUAGUCCCAACCACCAAACUACCAGGUGUGAAACCAGGAAGGGACUCAGGGGGUAUGCUAAUUUGUAUAGAGCAGACCUAACUCACUCUAUUAAAUUAAUGAAAACAGGAGCAUUUUACAUUUGGCUAGAAAUUCGAAAGGAAAUGAUCUCAACAGAGAAAAUGUCCUCCUGUGUGCUACCUAUAUCCCCCCACUAGAAUCCCCAUACUUGAAUGAAGACAGCUUCUCCAUCCUGGAGAGGGAAAUCAAUAAUCUCAAGGCCCAGGGACAUACUACUACUCUGUGGUGAACUAAAUGCCAGAACUGGACAAGAACCUGACACCCUCAGCACACAGGGGGACAAACACCUACCUGGAGGUGACAGCAUUCCCUCCCCCAUAUGCCCCCCUAGGCACAACUACGACAACAUAACCAACAAAAACGGGUCACAACUCCUGCAGCUCUGUCGCACGCUGGGUAUGUAUAUAGUCAAUGGUAGGCUUAGAGGGGACUCCUAUGGUAGGUACAUCUAUAGCUACUUUAUCACUGACCUCAACCCAGAUUCUCUCAGAGAGUUCACAGUCAGCCCACUGACACCCCUAUCAGAUCACAGCAAAAUCACAGUCUACUUGAACAGAGCAAUACUCAAUCAUGAGGCAUCAAAGCCAAAUAAUAUUAAGAAAUGCUAUAGAUGGAAGGAAAGUAGUGUGGAAACCUACCAAAAAACAAUUAGGCAACAACAAAUUCAAUCCCUUUUAGACAACUUCCUGGACAAAAUGUUUCACUGUAAUAGUGAAGGUGUAAACUUGGCAGUAGAAAACCUAAACAGUAUAUUUGACCCCUCAGCUUCCCUAUCAAAUAAAAAAAUGUCAAGCAGACAACCUAAGAAAAUUAACAACAAUGACAAAUGGUUUGAUGAAGAAUGCAAAAACCUAAGAAAGAAAUUGAGAAACCUAUCCAACCAAAAACAUAGAGACCCAGAAAACCUGAGCCUAUGCCUUCACUAUUGUGAAUCACUAAAACAAUACAGAAGGAACAGCACGUCGGAAAUCAGCUUAAUUGAAGAAUCCAUAGACUCAAUUGGAAAACACUAAACAAACAACAACACAAAUAGUUAUCUAUCCAAAACGGAGAUGUAUGGAUAAACCACUUCUCCAAUCUUUUUGGCCCUAUAACAAAGAACAAAGAACAAACAGCAAAAACACAUACAUUAUCAAAUACAAAUCUUAGAAUCAACUAUUAAAGACUACCAGAUCCCAUUGGAUUCUCCAAUUACAUUGAAUGAACUACAGGACAAAAUACAAACCCUCCAACCCAAAAAGGCCUGUGGUGUUGAUGGUAUCCUCAAUUAAAUGAUAAAAUAUACAGUCCACAAAUUCCAAUUUGCUAUACUUAAACUCUUUAACAUCAUCCUUAGCUCUGCCAUCUUCCCCAAUAUUUGGAACCAAGGACUGAUCACCCCAAUCUACAAAAGUGGAGACAAAUUUGACCCCAAUAACUACUGUGGGAUAUGCGUCAACAGCAACCUUGGGAAAAUCCUCUGCAUUAUCAUUAAUAGCAGACUCGUACAUUUCCUCAAUGAAAACAAUGUACUGAGCAAAUGUCAAAUUGGCUUUUUACCAAAUUACCGUAAGACAGACCACGUAUUCACCCUGCACACCCUAAUUGACAAACAAACAAACCAAACCAAAUGCAAGUCUACUCAUGCUUUGUUGAUUUCAAAAAAAGCUUUUGACUCAUUUGGCAUGAGGGUCUGGUGUACAAAUUGAUGGAAAGUGGUGUUGGGGGAAAAACAUACAACAUUAUAAAAUCCAUGUACACAAACAACAAGUGUGCGGUUAAAAUUGGCAAAAAACACAUUUCUUUCCACAGAGCCGUCGGGUGAGACAGGGAUGCAGUUUAAGCCCCACAAUCUCACAUAUAUAUCAACGAAUUGGAGAGGGCACUAGAACAGUCUGCAGCACCCGGCCUCACCUUACUAGAAUCUGAAGUCAAAUGUCUACUGUUUGCUGAUGAUCUGGUGCUUCUGUCCCCAACCAAGGAGGGCCUACAGCAGCAACUAGAUCUUCUGCACAGAUUCUGUCAGACCUGGGACCUGACAGUAAAUCUCAGUAAGACAAAAAUAAUGGUGUUCCAAAAAAGGUCCAGUUUCCAGGACCACAACUACACCGUUGAGCACACAAAAAACUAUAAAUACCUUGGCCUAAACAUCAGCGCCACAGGUAACUUCCACAAAGCUGUGAACGAUCUGAGAAACAAGGCAAGAAGGGAACAUAAAAUUUGACAUACCAAUUAGGAUCUGGAUACAAAAACUUGAAUCAGUUAUAGAAUCCAUUGCCCUUAUUGGUUGUGAGGUCUGGGGUCCGCUCACUAACCAAGAAUUCACAAAAUGGGACAAACACCAAAUUGAGACUAUGCAUGCAGAAUUCAGCAAAAAUAUCCUCUGUGUACAAUGUAAAACACCAAAUAAUGCAUGCAGAUCAGAAUUAGGCUGAUACCUGCUAAUUAUCAAAAUCCAGAAAAGAGCUGUUCAAUUCUACAACCACCUAAAAGGAAGCUAUUCCCAAACCUUCCAUAACAAAGCCAUCACCUACAGACAGAUAAACUUGGAGAAGAGUCCCCUAAGCAAGCUGGUCCUGGGGCUCUGUUCACAAACACAAACAGACCCCACAGAGCCCCAGGACAGCAACACAAUUAGAACCAACCAAAUCAUGAGAAAACAAAAAGUUAAUUACUUGACACACUGGAAAGAAUUAACAAAAAAACAGAGCAAACUAGAAUGCUAUUUGGCCCUAAACAGAGAGUACACAGUGGCAGAAUACCUGACCACUGUGACUGACCCAAGCUUAAGGAAAGCUUUGACUAUGUACAGACUCAGUGAGCAUAGCCUUGCUAUUGAGAGAGGCCGCCGUAGGCAGACCUGGCUCUCAAGAGAAGACAGGCUAUGUGCACACUGCCCACAAAAUGAGGUGGAAACUGAGCUGCACUUCCUAAUCUCCUGCCAAAUGUAUGACCAUAUUAGAGACACAUAUUUCCCUCAGAUUACACAGACCCACAAAGAAUUCCAAAACAAAUCCAAUUUUGAUAAACUCCCAUAUCUAUUGGGUGAAAUACCACAUUGGGCCAUCACAGCAGCAAGAUUUGUGACCUGUUUGUCACGCCCUGGCUCUAGGGACUCCUUUAUGUUGAGCCAGGGUGUGUAGAGUCUAUGUUUUGUGUUCUUUGUUUCAGUUUCUAGUUCAUGUGUAUCUAUGUUGGCCGGGGUGGUUCUCAAUCAGAGGCAACGAGAAUCAGCUGUUGCUUGUUGUCUCUGAUUGGGAACCAUACUUAGGCAGCCUGUUUGGCACAGUGUAUUGUGGGAUCUUGUUCCGUGUAUGUACCCAAGGACUUCACGUAUCGUUUUGUUGUUUUUGUUCGUGUGGUGAAUCUAAAUAAAAGUAUGUUCGCUUAUCACGCUGCGCAUUGGUCCACUCCUUUCAACGAUCGUGACACUGUUGCCACAACAAAUGGGCAACCAGUGAAGAACAAAAACCAUUGUAAAUACAACCCACAUUUAUGUUUAUUUAUUUUCCCUUUUGAACUAUUUGCACAUCAUUACAACACUGUAUAUAGACAUAAUAUGAGAUUUGAAAUGUCUUUAUUAUUUUGGAACUUUUGUGAGUAUAAUCUUUAUUGUUAAUUUUGUAUUGUUUAUUUCACUUUUGUUUAUUAUCUAUUUCACUUGCUUUGGCAAUGUAAACAUAUGUUUCCCAUGCCAAUAAAGCCCCUUAAAUUGGAGAGAGAGAGAGAGAGAGAGAGAGAGAGAGAGAGAGAGAGAGAGAGAGAGAGAGAGAGAGAGAGAGACUGGUGAUUUAACUGGGCAGUUCCCCCAUACACAUCUAUAACUCAUGUUCCAAUUUGUAAGUCGCUCUGGAUAAGAGCAUCUGCUAAAUGAUGUAAAUGUAAAUGUUCCAUUUAAUCAUGUGUGUGUGUGUGUUUCCCCACCUAACCUCACUGAUAUCACACACUAUCAAAACAUGGCCAUUAUCUAAAUCACUACAAGUUUGCAUUUCCUGCUGUGCAGGAAAAUUCUCAGCAACAAAAGAAUGAUCAAAUUAAGAUCCUACAUCUGUAUGUGUUCCUACAUACUGUAAUUUAAGCCCAUCAUGUCAGCGUUGUGAUGACACACACACACACACACACACACAGCAUGAUCAUUUGCCUUACAAUUGCAUAUUCAGCUUCCAUCUGAUCCCCUGGGAUGUGGAGAUUAGUCCCUAGGAAAUGAAUCCCACAUGUGUAUAUCUUACACCGAGCACGGCUAUCUGGCCUCUUUGACCCCGGCACUGGUAUUCAGAGCUGUCAGAGGGCUUCGGUGAUUAUUUAUAGUGUUGGGGGAACAGAUUAAGCCAACUGGGGGAUGGCUGGGGCAGCUGGGGCGUUAUUGCAUCACAUCCACAGAGCGUGGGCCCCCCAACCACAACCAACACCCCCCCCCCCCCCCCCCCCCCCCCCAGUCGGCGCUCUCUCUCUGGGCUUUUAUGGCUGGCUGAAAGCCUCCUGGCGGGGCCCGGUUGAGAGCCGGUGGGUGAGCUGCACUAGACGAACUACGUGCUAUUUCUGUUUGGUUUUAUGACAAAUUGGUGGAGUUGUUUUCCUUUAGAAGGGGAGACCACUGAGGACCAUGGAACUAUGCAGCUGCUCAUCAGCAGGGGUCAAACUGAAACUGCAGCAAUCAUUGGUAGGAUGUAGAGACAGAGUAAAGCAAGAGAGACGGGGGGAGGGAGAUGGAGGGGGAACGAGAGAGACGGGAGGGAGAUGGAGGGGGAGAGAGAGAGACAGGAGGGAGGGAGAUGGAAGGGGCAGAGGGAGCGAGCGAGAGGAGGGGGGAGAUGGAGAGGGCGGAGAGAGUGGAGAAGGAGAGAGACGAAAGGAAGCAUGGGGGAGUGAUUGAAUAUUGAUGGAUGUUUGUUCUAUUUGGACCCGUUGUGCCUUCUUUCCUAGUUUCCCUCUCUAUCUCUCUCCCUCUUCUUCUCCCUCUCUUCUCCUCCAUCCCCCCGCUCCGAAGGGUUCUACAUCCUGAGUUCUUGGCUGGGUUCAGGGGGCAGUGCCAAAGCUGCAUUACAUCUAGAAAUGCACACAGAGAUAAUGACAACCUGCAUAACAGGAGCGUGAUGUCAUCGUGGCUUCCAUCCCAACAUAAGAACCCCAGCUUCAGCCCCCCCCACCACGUCAGCCUUGUUUCCUUUAGUUUUACUGCCAGGUGUUGCCGAAACAACACAGCACAUUUCCUGGGGAAGUUCAUGAAAUGCCUUGUGAUAAAUUAUAGUUAUUGUCUCCCAUCCACUACCAUGUGCAAGGUAGCAGACAUGGGUUCAAAUACAAUGCGAAAUCAUAUCAAAAUACUUUAGCUGUGCUUGAUUGAGCUUGUCUGUUGAAAAAGUACCAAAAGUGCAAAAACGCUCAAAGUAACUACAAAGAUUUCGAAUAGUAUUUGAACCCAUUUCUGCUACCUUCUGCUAUGUGAGGUGAUAGCCUGGUCUCAAGAAUUCCUCAGCCUCCUCGCCUAGUCAGAGGCUUGUCUAAACUGCUAUUAGGGAAGUAAAUAUGUCAUACUAAAAGACCCAUGCAAUCCUUCUAAACCUCCCAACACGAGAGGUUGGACAUUUAGACAAUUUUUUCUCCAGAAUCCAGACUUCUUUCCACAUCUCCUCCUGUCCCCCACUCCUCCUCUCCUCCUGUUGUUAUUCCAACGGCUGCAGACCAUCACAUCGACCCCUCUCUCUCUCUCUCUCUCUCUCUCUCUCUCUCUCUCUCUCUCUCUCUCUCUCUCUCUCUCUCUCCUCUCUCUCUCUCUCUCGCUCUCUCGCUCUCUCUCUCGCUCUCGCUCUCGCUCUCAGAAGUUCCAAAAGAAUAAAGACAGAUUCAAAUGUCAUAUUAUUUAUAUAUAUAUAUACAGUGCUGUAACAAUGUGCAAAUAGUUAAAGUACAAAUGGGAAAAUAAAUAAACAUAAAUAUGGGUUGUAUUUACAAUGGUGUUUGUUCUUCACUGGUUGCCCUUUUCUUGUGGCAACAGUUCACAAAUCUUGCUGCUGUGAUGGCACACUGUGGUUUUUCACCCAGUAGAUAAGGGAGUUUAUCAAAAUUGGGUUUGUUUUCGAAUUCUUUGUGGAUCUCUGUAUUCUGAGGGAAAUAUGUGUCUCUAAUAUGGUCAUACAUUUGGCAGGAGGUUAGGAAGUGCAGCUCAGUUUCCACCUCAUUUUGUGGGCAGUGUGCACAUAACCUGUCUUCUCUUGAGAACAAGGUCUGCCUACUGCGGCCUUUCUCAAUAGCAAGUCUAUGCUCACUGAGUCUGUACAUAGUCAAAGCUUUCCUUAAGUGUGGGUCAGUGUCACGAGAAUUUAUAUCUCUAAUUAAUCAAACUGGCGCCAAAAAACAUACAUACAUCCCUUGACACACAAAGGCACUUUGCAUGUCACACAUGCAUACUGACGCCCCACACACACUGCUGCCAGUUACAUUACCCCUACAUAGCUACCUUAAUUACCUCGUACCCCUGCACAUCGACUCAGUACUGGUACAACCUUUAUAUAGCCAUGCAAUUUUCUACUGCCUAUAUAUAGCCAUGUUAUUUUCUACUCCCUGUAUAUAGACAUGUUAUUUUCUACUUGUUAUUUUUAUUCUUUAUUCAUUGUGCCAAUAUUUCAAUUUUCUAUUUAAAAAAUUGUCUUAUCUUUAAAUCUGCAUUGUUGGAAAAAUACCCACAAGUAAGCAUUCCACUGAUAGUUUACACCUGUUGUCUACGAAGCAUGCGACAAAUAAGAUUUGAUUUGAUUUGAAGUCCUACACGCUAUAUAAACACUUGUGGAGAUCUGAGAGGAUUUGUCAGGUGUAAGCAAUAUGGUAAUAGCUCCACCUUGCCCUUUAAUAGGCUAGGUGGAAGUUUCACAUAUUGCUUCUACCAAUAAAAUCCCCUCGGAUCUCCACAAGUGCACAGGGAUUAGGGGUCCAUUUGGGAUUGGAUGUCUUGCAUGUCUGCCCUCCCUCUUCCCACUAUCAUUCUCUUCAGGUGCAACGUUUCUAAACUGCUUUUGAUUAAAACAAUUUUCUCUGUAAAUCCACCAGAAAACACAGCUUUGAUUAUUUUUCUCCUCUUGCUAUGACUACAGGUUAAAGUUAUUUAUCUCAGUUAGAGACUCUUCAUAAUGUCUCUCUAAUAUACACAGUUUAACCCAUUAUAAACUAAUAUAUACAGUAUAACACAUUAUAAACUAAUAUAUACAGUAUAACACAUUAUAAACCAAUAUUAACAGCAUAACACAUUAUAAACCAAUAUAUACAGUAUAACACAACCCAAUAUAUCAAAUCAAAUCAAAUCAAAUUUUAUUGGUCACAUGCGCCGAAUACAACAGGUGCAGACAUUACAGUGAAAUGCUUACUUACAGCCCUUAACCAACAGUGCAUUUAUUUUAAACAAAAAAAGUAAGAAUAAAACAACAACAAAAAAAGUGUUGAGAAAAAAAAGAGCAGAAGUAAAAUAAAGUGACAGUAGGGAGGCUAUAUAUACAGGGGGGUACCGUUGCAGAGUCAAUGUGCGGGGGCACCGGCUAGUUGAGGUAGUUGAGGUAAUAUGUACAUGUGGGUAGAGUUAAAGUGACUAUGCAUAAAUACUUAACAGAGUAGCAGCAGCGUAAAAAGGAUGGGGUGGGGGGGGCAGUGCAAAUAGUCCAGGUAGCCAUGAUUAGCUGUUCAGGAGUCUUAUGGCUUGGGGGUAGAAGCUGUUGAGAAGUCUUUUGGACCUAGACUUGGCACUCCGGUACCGCUUGCCGUGCGGUAGCAGAGAGAACAGUCUAUGACUAGGGUGGCUGGAGUCUUUGACAAUUUUGAGGGCCUUCCUCUGACAACCGCCUGGUAUAGAGGUCCUGGAUGGCAGGAAGCUUUGCCCCAGUGAUGUACUGGGCCGUACGCACUACCCUCUGUAGUGCCUUGCGGUCGGAGGCCAAGCAGUUGCCAUACCAGGCGGUGAUGCAACCAGUCAGGAUGCUCUCGAUGGUGCAGCUGUAGAAUUUUUUGAGGAUCUGAGGACCCAUGCCAAAUCUUUUUAGUCUCCUGAGGGGGAAUAGGCUUUGUCGUGCCCUCUUCACGACUGUCUUGGUGUGUUUGGACCAUGAUAGUUCGUUGGUGAUGUGGACACCAAGGAACUUGAAGCUCUCAACCUGUUCCACUACAGCCCCGUCGAUGAGAAUGGGGGCGUGCUCAGUCCUAUUUUUUUUCCUGUAGUCCACAAUCAUCUCCUUUGUCUUGGUCACGUUGAGGGAGAGGUUGUUGUCCUGGCACCACACGGCCAGAUCUCUGACCUCCUCCCUAUAGGCUGUCUCAUCGUUGUCGGUGAUCAGGCCUACCACUGUUGUGUCGUCGGCAAACUUAAUGAUGGUGUUGGAGUCGUGCCUGGCCAUGCAGUCAUGGGUGAACAGAGAGUACAGGAGGGGACUGAGCACGCACCCCUGAGGGGCCCCCGUGUUGAGGAUCAGUGUGGCAGAUGUGUUGUUACCUACCCUUACCACCUGGGGGCGGCCCGUCAGGAAGUCCAGGAUCCAGUUGCAGAGGGAGGUGUUUAGUCCCAGGAUCCUUAGCUUAGUGAUGAGCUUAGAGGGCACUAUGGUGUUGAAUGCUGAGCUGUAGUCAAUGAAUAGCAUUCUCACGUAGGUGUUCCUCUUGUCCAGGUGGGAAAGGGCAGUGUGGAGUGCGAUAGAGAUUGCAUCAUCUGUGGAUCUGUUGGGGCGGUAUGCAAAUUGGAGUGGGUCUAGGGUUUCUGGGAUAAUGCUGUUGAUGUGAGCCAUGACCAGCCUUUCAAAGCACUUCAUGGCUACAGACGUGAGUGCUACGGGUCGGUAGUCAUUUAGGCAGGUUAUCUUAGAGUCCUUGGGCACGGGGACUAUGGUGGUCUGCUUGAAACAUGUUGGUAUUACAGACUCAGUCAGGGACAUGUUGAAAAUGUCAGUGAAGACACUUGCCAGUUGGUCAGCACAUGCUCGGAGUACACGUCCUGGUAAUCCGUCUGGCCCUGCGGCCUUGUGAAUGUUGACCUGCUUAAAAGUCUUACUCACAUCGGCUAUGGAGAGCGUGAUCACAUAGUCAUCCGGAACAGCUGGUGCUCUCAUGCAUGCUUCAGUGUUGCUUGCCUCGAAGCGAGCAUAGAAGUGGUUUAGCUCGUCUGGUAGGCUUGUGUCACUGGGCAGCUCGCGGCUGUGCUUCCCUUUGUAGUCUGUAAUAGUUUUCAAGCCCUGCCACAUCCGACGAGCGUCAGAGCCAGUGUAGUAUGAUUCAAUCUUAGACCUGUAUUGACUCUUUGCCUGUUUGAUGGUUCGUCGGAGGUCAUAGCGGGAUUUCUUAUAAGCGUCCGGGUUAGAGUCCCGUUCCUUGAAAGCGGCAGCUCUACCCUUUAGCUCAGUGCGGAUGUUUCCUGUAAUCCAUGGCUUCUGGUUGGGGUAUGUACGUACGGUCACUGUGGGGACGACAUCAUCGAUGCACUUAUUGAUGAAGCCAGUGACUGAUGUGGUGUACUCCUCAAUGCUGUCUGAAGAAUCACGGAACAUGUUCCAGUCUGUGCUAGCAAAACAGUCCUGUAGCUUAGCAUCUGCGUCAUCUGACCACUUUUUUAUUAACCGAGUCACUCGGUAUAUACAGUAUAAUAUAUACAGUAUAACACAUAAAUAAACCAAUAUAUACAGUACAACACAUUAAACCAAUAUAUACAGUAUAACACAUAAAUCAAUAUAUGCGGCAUAACACAUUAUAAACCAAAAUAUACAAUAUAACACAUUAUAAACCAAUAUAUACAGCAUAACACAUUAUAAAGUGUUUUGGCUUCACUUUAUAGGCAAGGAUGGACCAAAUGCCUGCAAGAAAAAAAGAAAAACAGUUGUGGGCAUACCUUGCACUCCACAAUAUGACAUAGUUUCAACACAUGGACUAGUGGUUUUGGAGGGGAGUUAUUUGGCAUGGGAAAGUUGGUUGAACACUCCGUAAACUGUACAGGUCCUACAUACAGUUGAAGUCGGAAGUUUACAUACACCUUAGCCAAAUACAUUUAAACUCAGUUUUUCACAAUUCCUGACAUUUAAUCCUAGUAAAAAUUCCCUGUCUUAGAUCAGUUAGGAUCACAACUUUAUUUUCAGAAUGUGAAAUGUCAGAAUAAUAGUAGAGAGAAUGAUUUAUUUCAGCUUUUAUUUCUUUCAUCAGAUUCCCAGUGGGUCAGAAGUUUACAUACACUCAAUUAGUAUUUGGUAGCAUUGCCUUUAAAUUGUUUAACUUGGGUCAAACGUUUCGGGUAGCCUUCCACAAGCUUCCCACAAUAAGUUGGGUGAAUUUUGGCCCAUUCCUUCUGACAGAGCUGGUGUAACUGAAUCAGGUUUGUAGGCCUCCUUGCUCGCACACACUUUCUCAGUUCUGCCCACAAAUGUUCUAUAGGAUUGAGGUCAGGGCUUUGUGAUGGCCACUCCAAUACCUUGACUUUGUUGUCCUUAAGCCAUUUUGCCACAACUUUGGAAGUAUGCUUGGGGUCAUUGUCCAUUUGGAAGACCCAUUUGCGACCAAGCUUUAACUUCCUGACUGAUGUCUUGAGAUGUUGCUUCAAUAUAUCCACAUAAAUUUCCCAAAAUGUUUGGCAUAAUGGCUGUUUUAUCCACCACAUCUACCAGCUCAGUAAAGCAUUGCCUUUUGGUUCAAAUGCCCCGUUUCUGCCAACCACAGACAAACAGAGCUUUCUUCGUCUCACUCCUCAGGGUGCUGAUCAAUUACUGAACUAAACCUAACAAACUUCAAAUCAUGGAAAGAACCCUCCGUAUGACAAGUAGUGUGUCACGGUCGUCUAAGGAGGAGGACCAAAGCGCAGCGUUGAGGGUGAACAUAUUUAUUUAACGAAUGAUCACACGAUCAAAACAACAGACGAUAACGUGAUGUCUACGGUUUUACACAAACCAAAUACGAACAAAAACCCACAACCACAAAGGGAAAGACACAGUUUAAAUAUGGCUCCCAAUCAGAGACAACCAGUACCAGCUGACACUCGUUGCCUCUGAUUGGGAGUCACUCAGGCCAACAUAGAAAUACAAACAUAGAACUACACACCCUGGCUCAACAUAACAGUGUCCCCAGAGCCAGGGCGUGACAUAGUGUGUCUUGAGAUAAACAAUUUUCUUGUUUGUGGAGAAAAUAACAAGAUAGGCUUCCAGAAAACCAAGAGGAUUUACGGUCAAAUAAAAUACAACAGACAACCAUCCAAUUAAUCUUCAACAGCUCCAGAACCAACUCAUUGGAAUGCCCCCAUCCCAUGACCCAACUAUGGGGGAAGUGUAACAAUGUUUUGAUUCAUCAUCACCAGCCAAUGGGAUCACACCAUCGCUCUGCACUUUCUCUCCUUUUAAACAUUCACUGCAAUUUGUUCUAUGCUAUAUUUUACAUUCUGCACAAAAAAAUUAUCGCAAGCUUGCUUUUCUCCUCAAAUAUUUGUAGAGAAAAAUGUUAUAAUAAUUGACUAACAAGCUAGGCCAACUGUUGGCAGAAUAUCUGGGGCCAUUUUUUUAUUUGCUAGUGUCAAAGGUCGAACCGACGAGACCAUCAGAUUCUCCCAGAGAAUUUCAACCAAUGGCCUCCAACACACUCCAAACAUGCUCAGAAUUUGAAUUAACAAUUGAAGGUACUUAACAGUACUUAACUCUUCCGAAUUGGCUAGAUCUAAAUUCAACUUUAAGGACACUGGAUAGAAAGUGGGUCUGGACCGAACCAAGAUGGCCGCCGUUCAACACUCAUUGGCGGACACAACAUAGGCAUUAGCACCUUCUGCUCUCUGUCAACUUCUCUCAUCGUCUCUCUUCCGGUCAUCUCGUUUUCCAUAGACAUACAAUACGGAAACCCACUAAACAGUUCUUAGCAAAAGACAAGGGGUUUGAAAACACAAAGACCCACAGUCCAAUUUGAUCCCUUCCUCCUCCCUUCCAUUUUCCCUGUCUGUCUCUAAUAUUAAGGCAUACCAUUUAAUACUAGCCUGCCCUACCCUGUUGGGGUGCCUCAGACAAACACACACACGCACACACACAAAAGCACACACACAAAACGGCUGCUAGGAUGCCUUAUGAAAAGCUAAUGUCUUAUCACUUUGCAGGGCCCUAACCUCUGUUUCUAUAGAAUGUCUUCAGUUUGGAACUAUGGCUAGAAACAACAGACUGACUGUUACGAACCCCGUGGCUUUAAAAGUCUAGGGUGGAUGGAAAAGAGACUCGUAACAUAACUCAUGCAAAUUAGAAUAUUGCCAAAAGGAAUACACCAACCAAAAAGCUACCGUCAAACACAAAAAAUGUUUAUUAUAAACACCAAGGUAAAGGUUUGGGGAAAAGGGGCUGAGCAGGACCCAAGGAAUUAAACAAUAUUGUCAAAAAAAACUAAACUGAUCUUGCCUACCUCAAGAACCGCUAAACUUACUACACAAAAAUACAGUGGGUGGUCCGCUCAGGUCUAACUAGUGUUUUUAGACAAAGUUUUCCUACGGGUUGUGAAUGCCCAAGGGCGACUUCCUAAAAAUCCCCUUUUCCCAGGAACAAACAACAUAGUUACCAUAUGGAGUAAACAGCAAAUGAGUGAGUACACAAAAAACAAGACACAACAGUAUCCAUACUCACAAACAAAAAGAGUCUCUGUCAGAAAACACAACUGACUGGCUUUUAAAGCAAGAGGAUGUGUGAUGUGAUUAGGUAUGAAAACCAGAAACAGGUGGUACAAUCAGGAGAUGUGGCCACUGCUUGGUCCACCUCAGCAAUCAGAAGAUGAAUUGAUGAUUGACAAGUGGGACACACCAACGACCUCCAAUCAGGAACACAAAGGACACCUGUGAUUAGGGCAGAAGGAGAGGAAAAACACAAAAAACACAAACAGGAUACCUGUAUCCGUAACACUCCCACCCUUAAAAGAGCAAACCACAAUGUUUGCGACUCCAAGUACUAUCACAACACACAAAACUAAUUCAAAGAGCAAAAGCAUCCUCACGGGAUAGAAAAUAAAUCCUAGAUCUCUAAACACGAGACAAGGCAUCUGCCAACACAUUAUCCGAACCCUUUUGGUGGCGGAUCUCCAAAUUAUAAUUUUGCACAACAAGUGCCCAACGCAUAAGGCGUUGGUUCUGGUUGUACAUACGGUGGAUAAAAACUAAGGGGUUAUGGUCAGUAUACACGAUCACUGGUAGUGCAAUGGAACCAACAUAAACUUCGAAGUACUGCAGAGCUAACAACAAAGCUAGAGCUUCUUGUUCAAUGGUUGAAUAGUUAUUUUGUUACAUUUCCGCGAAAAAUAACAGACAGGAUGGUCCACUCCACUCUGGUCCGGCUGCAGUAGAACAGCACCAGCACCUCUGGCACUAGCAUCUACCUCAAGUUUAAACGGCCGUUCAAAAUCUGGAGCAGCAAGAACAGGGGUACUACAUAAGAGUGCUUUCGCAGUGUUGAAAGCAGUAUGACAAUCCGCAGACCAUACAAAUUUUAUAUCGGGAGUCUGUAUCACGUAAUCAGUUUCACUUAGUUUCUUUUCAAUUACAUAAGGACCAGAGAAACGUGCUGACAAUGACGCUCCUGGUACAGGCAACAAUACAAAAACUUGGUCACCCGACUGCAGCGAACGAGAAACAGCCUGGUUGUCAUAGUGCCGUUUCAUACGUCUCUGUGAGGAAGACAGCGCUUCCUUAGCCAGAGCACAGGCACCAUGUAGGCGCUCACGAAAGCGACCUACAUAGUCCAACACAUUUUCUUUCGCACACAACUCUUGUGAUAAAAACUGAUCCUUAAGGACUUUCAUAGGUCCUCUCGCGGUGUGUUCAAACACCAGUUCAGCUGGGCUGAACCCUAGGGAUUCCUGUACUGUCUCACAGACAGCAAACAAAACUAGAGGAACUCCCUCAUCCCAAUCCUUCUCAGAUUCCAAACAAUAUUUACGGAGCAUAGACUUCAGUGUCUGAUGCCAACGUUCAAGUGCACCCUGAGACUCUAGGUGAUAUGCGCUUGACACACGGCGUGUAACUGACAAGGAUUUUAACACCUGUUUGAAAAGCUUAGAAAGGAAAUUCGUACCUUGAUCAGUUUGUACCACCUUAGGUAACCCAAAAGUUGAGAAGAAUUUGAUCAAAGCUUUACUCACCACUUGAGCAGUAAUCCUUCGCAGAGGAAUGGCCUCUGGGUAACUGGUGGCCACACACAUAACUGUCAACAGAAACUGGUUACCAGCUUUUGUCUCCGGUAAUGGUCCAACACAAUCAACAAUCACAUGUUUGAAUGGUUCACCUAUGACAGGUUUGGGACAAAGAGGAGCGGGAGGAAUAAGGUGGUUCGGUUUCCCAGUUACUUGACAGAUGUGGCAUGUCCGACAGAACUGAGCCACAUCUUGUUUUAAACCGGGCCAAAAGAAAUGUCGCAAAACCCGAUCAUAAGUCUUGGUGACUCUUAGAUGUCUGGACCACUGGUGAUCAUGAGCGAGGGAUAAAACAUUUUGUCGAAAGGCUGUAGGAAUCACUAUUUGGUAAACAGCAUUCCAAUCGCCACCAGCGUUAACAUGGGAUGCCCAUUUACGCAUGAGGAGAUUACCAUCAAUGAAGUAUGCCAUGUUUUUCUUCUUUAGCUCCUCCACUGAGACAACACUAGAAAAACAUUUAGCCAGGCUAAUGUCAACCUUCUGGUUAGUGAUCAGCUGGUCACGAGUGACUGGUAACUGUAUUGCAUCAACAACAAGUUCCACAUACUUCUCCCCUUCCCUGGGCUGUUGGUCAGACUGCACCAGUUUACCAGAGGUAGCACACAAGCUAUCCUCUGGGUCACACUCGCUGAACAGAAUCGUGUUCAACAAAUCUAUCACGUCACCCACUUGUCGUGCUUGAGCACAUGUGACAGCACAAGCGGGGAACACAUCUGGAUAACUCUGUGCCAGCUCUUCAGAGAGAGACUGGUCACUUUCAUCUAAUACCUCCAAUACGGGUAUCACCUUUACUUCGGCAAUAUCGUUGCCCAUUAUAAAGGUUACACCUUUUACUGGCAACAUAGGACGUACUCCAACUCUCAACAAUCCACUGACUAACUCAGAGUGUACGUUCACAAAGUGCAAUGGCACUGGUGGCAGGUAGCUUAGUGGUUAAGAGCGUUGUGCCAGUAACCGAAAGGUCACUGGUUCUAAUCCCCGAGCCGACUAAGUGAAAAAUCUGUCGAUGUGCCCUUGAGCAAGGCACGUAACCCUAAUUGCUCCUGUAUGUCGCUCUGGUUAAUCGUCUGCUAAAUAAAUAAAAAAUUAAAAUAAUAAAUAAAAAAAUUCCUUGUAAUAACACACUGGAACCACAAUAUGUAUUAUCGGACAAGGGCAACACAUCAGAUAGUACGAACGACUGCGCCGCACCAGUAUCUCUAAGGAUUCUAACUGGACGCUGAGACGCUUCGUCAUCUGAUAUGAAACAAACCCCACAAAAAUGAACGGUUCAUAACUGCGAUCUGGGACUGGGACUUUCAAACCACAUUUACUAGGAGACAUCUGUUUUGAUUCCGGCCUUACAACCGUACGAAUCAGCCUUGCAGAGGCAUCCCCUGUUUAAAAAAAAAAAUAUAUAUAUAUACAGUGGGGAGAACAAGUAUUUGAUACACUGCCGAUUUUGCAGGUUUUCCUACUUACAAAGCAUGUAGAGGUCUGUAAUAUUUAUCAUAGGUACACUUCAACUGUGAGAGACGGAAUCUAAAACAAAAAUCCAGAAAAUCACAUUGUAUGAUUUUUAAGUAAUUAAUUUGCAUUUUAUUGCAUGACAUAAGUAUUUGAUCACCUACCAACCAGUAAGAAUUCCGGCUCUCACAGACCUGUUCGUUUUUCUUUAAGAAGCCCUCCUGUUCUCCACCAAUUACCUGUAUUAACUGCACCUGUUUGAACUCGUUACCUGUAUAAAAGACACCUGUCCACACACUCAAUCAAACAGACUCCAACCUCUCCACAAUGGCCAAGACCAGAGAGCUGUGUAAGGACAUCAGGGAUAAAAUUGUAGACCUGCACAAGGCUGGGAUGGGCUACAGGACAAUAGGCAAGCAGCUUGGUGAGAAGGCAACAACUGUUGGCGCAAUUAUUAGAAAAUGGAAGAAGUUCAAGAUGAUGGUCAAUCACUCUCGGUCUGGGGCUCCAUGCAAGAUCUCACCUCGUGGGGCAUCAAUGAUCAUGAGGAAGGUGAGGGAUCAGCCCAGAACUACACUGCAGGACCUGGUCAAUGACCGGAAGAGAGCUGGGACCACAGUCUCAAAGAAAACCAUUAGUAACACACUACGCCGUCAUGGAUUAAAAUCCUGCAGCGCACGCCAGGUCCCCCUGCUCAAGCCAGCGCAUGUCCAGGCCCGUCUGAAGUUUGCCAAUGACCAUCUGGAUGAUCCAGAGGAGGAAUGGGAGAAGGUCAUGUGGUCUGAUGAGAGAAAAAUUGAGCUUUUUGGUCUAAACUCCACUCACCGUGUUUGGAGGAAGAAGAAGGAUAAGUACAACCCCAAGAACACCAUCCCAACCGUGAAGCAUGGAGGUGGAAACAUCAUUCUUUGGGGAUGCUUUUCUGCAAAGGGGACAGGACGACUGCACCAUAUUGAGGGGAGGAUGGAUGGCGCCAUGUAUCGCGAGAUCUUGGCCGAUAACCUCCUUCCCUCAGUAAGAGCAUUGAAGAUGGGUCGUGGCUGGGUCUUCCAUCAUGACAACGACCCGAAACACACAGCCAGGGCAACUAAGGUGUGGCUCCGUAAGAAGCAUCUCAAGGUCCUGGAGUGGCCUAGCCAGUCUCCAGACCUGAACCCAAUAGAAAAUCUUUGGAGGGAGCUGAAAGUCCGUAUUGCCCAGCGACAGCCCCGAAACCUGAAGGAUCUGGAGAAGGUUUGUAUGGAGGAGUGGGCCAAUAUCCCUGCUGCAGUGUGUGCAAACCUGGUCAAGACCUACAGGAAACGUAUGAUCUCUGUAAUUGCAAACAAAGGUUUCUAUACCAAAUAUUAAGUUCUGCUUUUCUGAUGUAUCAAAUACUUAUGUCAUGCAAUAAAAUGCAAAUUAAUUACUUAAAAAUCAUACAAUGUGAUUUUCUGGAUUUUUGUUUUAGAUUCCGUCUCUCACAGUUGAAGUGUACCUAUGAUAAAAAUUACAGACCUCUACAUGCUUUGUAAGUAGGAAAACCUGCCAAAUCGGCAGUGUAUCAAAUAUUUGUUCUCCCCACUGUAUAUAUAUUUAACCUUUAUUUUGAAAGUCACGCUGAGACCGCGGUCUGUUAUACAGGUGAGCCCUGUAGAUACAAAAAUAUACAUAUCUAUACAAUAAAAGCACUUAAUAUACACGUUCAUCACAAAAUAAAAAAUCCACACGAUCAUAAAAAACAAUCAUAAAAAACGAAUAUAUUCACCAAUAAACAGGUCCCCUAACAGCCGUCUGAAAAGCCCUAGACGCACCAAUUCCUCAAAUUUCAGGGUGUUUUGGAGAUUGUUCCAGAAACACUAAAAGCAGAUAUACCCAUUUCAGUGGAGAUCGAAGGGAUCACCAACGUUAGCAUCCCUGAAUCCGGGUCCGCAUUUGAUCCAAGGACUAAUGAGAGUACUGGACCAGAGAGAAGCAACCGCUUGCCUGCAUACUUUGCGGCACCUAUCAGGUCUAUGAAGCCCUGUUUCAGGCACUCGGAGCUACCUUGUUUGAUGUCAUUUGAUCCUACAUGGAUCACUAGAGUCAGCCUCAGACAACUGCUUCUGGAUUGUGGUAAGCAUCACUAAGAUAUCCAGAAUUUUCACACCAGGAAAGCACAAGGUUCUGACACCUUCAACCGAAACUUGGCUUACCAUAGAGCUUCCCACAACAACCGAUCUCCACUUGUGUAAAGUCAGCCUUACGUCGUACAUGCCUGUCUGAACUGUCUUGUUACAUGACUGCAGCAUGAAAACGUUUGAACUACUAUCUGCUUAUAUGCUUGCCUUAGCAUGACCCAAUAUUCUCACUACUAGACUGUUUCUAUGACUCUAUAGUGUACUGUAUGACUGACUGACCUAUUAUACCAUUGUUCUGAGGACCUCCUUCCAGUCACAGAUUAUGCCAAUAGCAAUACCGCCCUUGUUAUUGUGUCUGCUGUGCUGUGAAGUGAGCACAUCUGGCACGCUGAUCUAUCUAUCUAUCAGGUCUGUCUGUCUGUUAGGUCUGUCAGUAUGUCAGUCUGUCUGUCUAUCAGGUCUGUCUGUCUCUAUCUAUCUAUCUAAUGAUCAACAGUCGUAACAACUGCAGUUUUAUGUAGAGCAGCUCAGUCCUGAGAGAGGACAGAACAACACUGUCAGACAAACAGCAGUAGUUCACAUAGCCUCAUAAUAAUACACACAGGCACAAACGACCUGAGAACACAGCAGGAAAGGGUGGCCAUAGCACUCAAGGGAGUGAUAGAAAAAGCUUAUUCUACUUUCCCCAACGCACAAGUGGUUAUCUCAACCCUGCUACCACGAAAAGACUUCCACCCUGCUACCAUACAGCAGGUAACCGCAAGUAUUUCCCGAGACUGUGCCUCAAAACCAAAUGUCUACCUGGCCCACCACUCCACCCUGGACUUGAACAGCCUUUACGACCAGGUCCACCUAUGCAAGGCAGCAGUGCCCACCUUCGCCCGGACCCUAAAGGAUAUCGCCCUCAACCACAGACCCAACACCUCACACAGGAGCAACAGAUCAACAGACACCCCGACCAGACCAGUGAAACACUCUCCCAGACCUGCGGGAACCCCCCUGGACCUACACAUAGAGGACCCCCGCCGAGAGGACCUACAUCCAGACCACAGCACCACCAGCCACAUCCACACCCCCCCCCCCCCCCACCAAUUAACACCCCCCCCCCCCCCCCCCCCCCCCCCCCCCCCCCCCCCCCCAAGUCAACCAUGCCCACACAACAUUUAGGCCCCCUCACAUCAGACCUAUGCCCCUCCUACCCACCCCAUGCCCCCCACUCCCGCAAAGAGGGCCUCAACAUGAAAGUCACACAUAUGCCCAGGCCGUGAGCAGGCAAACAGGCCCAACCCCCACUCUUACACUAGCCCAAGCCAAUGGCAUGUACCAGAUGCUCAGCAGGCUCUGCUCACAAUUACUGGCCUGAGGCCAAACCACACGACCAACAACAUUAGACACUUUAUGGAACACAAAGCCUUCACUAUUUCAUCCUGGAAUAUCCAAGGCCUGAGGUCAUCUGCCUUUGGCCUAAAGAGCAGGAACCUGGACUUCACCAAAGAAAUCGGAAAUAUAGACAUUGUCAUCCUACAAGAAACAUGGUAUAGAGGAGACUGGUUUCCCUCUAGGUUACAGAGAGCUGGUAGUCCCAUCCACCAAACUACCAGGUGUGAAACAGGGAAGGGACUCAGGGGGUAUGGUAAUUUGGAAUAGAGCAGACCUAACACUCUACUAAAUUAAUCAAAACAGGAACAUUUGACAUUUGGCUAGAAAUUAAAAAGGAAAUGAUCUCAACAGAGAAAAACGUCCUCCUGUGUGCUACCUUUAUCACCCCACUAGAAUCUCCAUACUUUAAUGAAGACAGCUUCUCCAUCCUGGAGGGGGAAAUCAAUAAUUUCCAGACCCAGGGACAUGUACUAGUCUGUGGCGACCUAAAUGCCAGAACUGGACAAGAACCUGACACCCUCAGCACACAGGGGGACAAACACCUACCUGGAGGUGACAGCAUUCCCUCCCUCAUAUGCCCCCCUAGGCACAACUACGACAACAUAACCAACAAAAACAGGUCACAAAUCAUGCAGCUCUGUCCUACGCUGUGUAUGUACAUAGUCAAUGGUAGGCUUAGAGGGGACUCCUAUGAUAGGUACACCUAUAGCUCAUCUCUUGGCAGUAGUACUGUAGACUACUUUAUCACUGACCUCAACCCAGAGUCUCUCAGAGCGUUCACAGUCAGCCCACUGACACCCCUAUCAGAACACAGCAAAAUCACAGUCUACUUGAACAGAGCAAUACUCAAUCAUGAGGCAUCAAAGCCAAAGGAACUGAACAAUAUUAAGAAAUGCUAUAGAUGGAAGGAAAGAAGUGUCGAAACCUACCAAAAAACAAUUAGGCAACAACAAAUUCAAUCCCUUUUAGACAACUUCCUGGACAAAAUGUUCCACUGUAAUAGUGAAGGUGUAAACUUGGCAGUAGAAAACCUAAACAGUAUAUUUGACCUCUCAGCUUCCCUAUCAAAUCUAAACAUCUCUAACAGAAAAAUGAAAAAAAAAAGUUACAACAGUGACAAAUGGUUUGAUGAAGAAUGCAAAAACCUAAGAAAGAAAUUGAGAAAUCUUUCCGACCAAAAACAUAGAGACCCAGAAAACCUGAGCCUACGCCUUCACUAUGGUGAAUCACUAAAACAAUACAGAAAUACACUAUGGAAAAAGAAGGAACAACAUGUCAAAAAUCAGCUCAAUGUAUUUGAAGAAUCCAUAGACUCUAACCACUUCUGGGAAAAUUGGAAAACACUAAACAAACAACAACACGAAGUGCUAUCUAUCCAAAACGGAGAUGUAUGGGUAAACCACUUCUCCAAUCCCUUUGACCCUAUAACAAAGAACAAACAGCAAAAGAAUGUACAUGAUCAAAUGCAAAUCUUAGAAUCAACUAUUAAAGACUACCAGAACCCACUGGAUUCUCCAAUUGCAUUGAAUGAACUACAGGACAAAAUACAAACCCUCCAACCCAAAAAGGCCUGUGGUGUUGAUGAUAUCCUCAAUGAAAUGAUAAAAUAUACAGACCACAAAUUCAAAUUGGCUAUGCUUAAACUCUUUAACAUCAUCCUUAGCUCUGGCAUCUUCCCCAAUAUUUGGAACCAAGGAUUGAUGACCCCAAUCCACAAAUUUGACCUCAAUAACUACCGUGGGAUGUGUCAACAGCAACCUUGGGAAAAUCCUCUGUAUUAUCAUUAACAGCAGAUUAGUUCAUUUCCUCAGUGAAAACAAUGUACUGAGCAAAUGUCAAAUUGGCUUUUUACCAAAUUACGGUACGACAGACCACGUAUUCACCCUGCACACCCUAAUUGACAAACAAACAAACAAAAACAAAGGCAAAGUCUUCUCAUGCUUUGUUGAUUUAAAAAAAGCUUUUGACUCAAUGUGGCAUGAGGGUCUGCUAUACAAAUUGAUGGAAAGUAGGGUUGGGGGAAAAACAUAUGACAUUAUAAAGUGUGCAGUUAAAAUUGGCAAAAAACACACACAUUUCUUUCCACAGGGCCGUGGGGUGAGACAGGGAUGCAGUUUAAGCCCCACCCUCUUCAACAUAUAUAUCAACAAAUUGGCGAGGGCACUAGAACAGUCUGCAGCACCCGGCCUCACCCUACUAGAAUCUGAAGUCAAAUGUAAAUCUCAGUAAGACAAAAAUAAUGGUGUUCCAAAAAAGGUCCAGUUGCCAGGACCACAAAUACAAAUUCCAUCUAGACACCAUUGCCUUAGAGCACACAAAAAACGAUACAUACCUCGGCUUAAACAUCAGUGCCACAGGUAACUUCCACAAAGCGGUGAACGAUCUGAGAGACAAGGCAAGAAGGGCUUCUAUGCCAUCAAAAGGAACAUAAAAUUCGACAUACAUAGGAUCUGGCAAAAAAGACUUGAAUCAGUUACAGAACCCUUUAUGGUUGUGAGGUCUGGGGUCCGCUCACCAACCAAGAAUUCACAAAAUGGGACAAACACCAAAUUGAGACUCUGCAUGCAGAAUUACAGUAUAAUACAGUAUAAAUGUGUGAGGUGUUAGAGUUAUAAUGUAGUGUCAACCCACUAACAUAGGAGGGAAGUUAGAAACUGUUGAGAAAGCAUUCCAGGGUGAAGGGGACUAAGAAACGGUUUAAAGGUGGGCGGAGCAAAGUGCCUUUGUGUGUCAAGGGAUAUAAAAGCUGUAUGUAUGUUUUUUGGCGCCAGAGCUCUCCAUGAUUAAAAAUACUGAUCAUUCUUGCUGGUUGCGGACCUUUGUUUAAUUCAUGAUUAAACCAGAGAAUUUACACACUCUGGGAAUUAUUCAGAGCAUUAAGUUUGAUUAAUUAGAGAUAGAAAUUCUCGUGACAAAUGGUCCUUCGAGCGGAGCUCAAAAUACGUCUUUAUCGUUCUGAGGACACCGAAAUCAGUGCACGGGCGGAUGAUAGCAUCCGUAUAGAAUAGACCUGGCCUUCGACGUUAAGGUUAUAAACAGGCCGGUGAUGAAUCUUAUGAACGAUAAAGACGUUAACGAGAUUUGAAAAAGCAUUUAAAUCCGAACUGCAAGGAGAAGGUCAGUAAUUUUUAUUCAUGGAUUUUGGUGUGAUUAUUUGAACAAUUCUUGUGAAGGGCAGAGAAUAGUUACCAAAAUCUCAUAAGAGAAUUAUAAAGGAAGGAAGAAUGGUCCGAAAAUGACUCUAGGUAGAUAGCUAUUACCAAAAUAAACUAGUUAAUAUUGAGAUUGUACGAGAUACAGUCUUUACAAUAUAAACAGGAAGGGAGAUAAUUAUUGUCGUGUGAGAUAGAUACAUUAAACAAGUCAAGAGUCAUAAACAACUGGGGAUUUGCUCUAACUCUGUCUAUUUCAUGAAACUGGAGCAGUUAUGACCUCUAGGUUAUGGAUAGUGUUAGCAAAAAAUCGUAUAAGGUUGUAUACGUGUGAUACCUAAUGAUCCAUCAAAAUAUGUGAUAAUUGUUUCAAGGAAGGGACUAAAAUAGGUCGCGUGAGAAAACAAUGGUUGUCCCAUCCGUUUCAUGAAACUACGAUCUUAAAAAACUCUGGGUUACGGGUUGGAUAAUUUAAAUGGUUCAUUACAAAAAGCAGAUCAUAAACAUUCGCUCGAAAGUCGCACCAAAAUAAUAAGUCCCAGAAAAAAGUAUUUAUUACUAAACGGGGAAUUUCUUAUUUUUCUACCAUGGGAAAUAAAUAUUCUAAAGAGGUCCGCGAAUUAACGGGGGAUGAAAGAUAUAUGUUAGGAAGGGAUCGAAGAAAUAUGUUUUAUGGAUCCAUUUGGGAGAAGAGGUAUGGAUUUAUUGGGCAUCUCGAUGUGGAGAAGUUAGAGGUUAUGAUUAGGAAGAUGCAUAUAAACUGUGGAACGGAUUUAAAGAAACAGCGAGGGGAGGGGCUAGAGACAGCGAGGGUAUGGCUUUUGGAGGCUCGGAAGAGAGAGGAAGGACAGAAAAAAAAAAAAAAUUAUGCAGAGAGAAAAUGAAGUAAAAAUUUAGGUUUCAGUGCCUCCCCAGAGCAGAGGGCAGAAAGGUUAUAUCCAGUUUUAGUAGAGCAAGCUUGGAAAGAAAGCCCAGAUGAUAAUGUUGUCAUGUGUAGGAGAAAAUUAGGAGUUGUCUCCACCCCUCCCCCACCAUAUGACGGCCAAGCCGGAAUGCUGGAAGGAAGGGAAGGAGGGGGGAGAGUAGGGAGGCCAGUAAAGAGAAAAAAGACGGGGAAGUUUUACACAAAGAACUUACAGAACUCAGGGAAAGUAAAGAGGAAAUAGGGAGGCUAAGAGUAGAACUGGAUAGAGAGAAAGAGGCAGGAAGAGCUAGAGAAUGUAAACAUAGAGAGUUUAAACACAGGGAGUUGAAGAGAUUAGAAGACUAUAAUAAGCCAGGGAAGAGAGAGUGUUUAGAUGAUGAGGAAGGGGAUGACCAAUACCCUUUGAUAGCCUUGCCGAACCCAAGGGCUGGGGAGGAGGAUACACCAGACACACUGGAUGUGUAUAGGGCAUGGACACAGUGAGAUGUAGUAAGAGCUAUAGAGGGUGUAGUGCACCCUAAGACAGGAAUAGAGGGGUUCAGGAGGGAUUUGGAGAGUCUAGCAGCAAGCUUUAAGCUAAACACAGGGGAAAUUGAGAGGGCAGUCAGAACGCUAGUGGGGAAAGAUUGGGCAGCUGUUCGGGGGCAGUGGGUUUCAGGGGAUGCCAAUGGAGCAGUCCUGCCAUGGGCAGAUGAUGGGCAAUAUGUUGGGAAAAUAACUGAGUUGUGUAAUAAUUUGAGGGAACAUUACCAUCGACAUGCUGACUUCUCCAAAGUACAUGAAUGUAAACAGGAAGACAGUGAGACCAUCAGCCAAUACUUAGAGAGACUGAGAAAUGUAUUUAACGCAAAUAGUGGCAUACCUGAGCCUCCCCAGGGGCAAGGAAAUGAUACUCCGUACCAUCAGCAGCUAAAAAUAGCAUUCCUUAGUGGAAUGAGACCAGAAAUAAGCAGGAAUAUUAAAAGGACUUUAGUGGGAUGGGGAACUACUUCGUUAGCCGAGGUCAAGAGAUAUGCAAUCCAUCAUGAGCAAAAUAGUAGACAGGACAGAGUAAGAAAAGAACAGAAGGGAGCAGAGUAUUUAAUGACCACUCUAGGGGAAAUAGCUGGUAGAGGUAGAACUCCAGAAGAGAGGGGAGCAAGGCCUCACUCUUUCCUGCCCUAUGGGGGAGGAAGUAAGUGCUUUAACUGUAACAAGAAAGGGCACUUUGCCAGAGAGUGUAAGGCCCUGUGUAAAUACUGUAAAAAGACAGGCCAUAACAAUCGCGAUUGCAGACAUAAAGGAAAGAGUAAGCGAGAUAAUUGGGGUAGAGAAGAAGAAAAGACCUACAGACACCCAUCGCCCAGUUCCGGUAAGGAGGAAGAGGAGGAUAACGCAUGACUAGAACAAGGGGAAGAUAGUAGUAUAGAUAGUGGAGGAGAGGGGUCAGAGGAACCCAUUGAUACGGGGUGUGAAGUGUUUGAAUUGGCAACGAUUGAAUUGGCUCUGCAGCAAGAACAGAAACCAUACCUCACCUUAACAAUACUGGGGAAAAAUAUUACAUUCUUGUGUGACACAGGGGCAUGUCGCACAGCGAUCUGUGCAGCCGACAUGACCAAAGGAAUUAGAAUUAAUGGGGAAAAAAUCAUGGUACGCUCGGCCUCGGGCCAUCAAUUUAUAGAGCGAUUAUCGGCCCCUGUGACUUUACAACAUGAAGAUUCAGGGGGAGAGGUAUGCAUACCUGUACUUGUAUCAAGCCUGUGUCCAGUCAAUUUACUAGGAAGGGAUGCCAUGACUCAGUUGAACGUAGCUGUGAAGCCGACUCUGAGGGGUAUGAAGGCAUAUGUAGUAAGGGAUAAUAUGGUAGUGAGCGGGGAGGGAGAACCAUGCUAUUGGUAUAGCCAGGAUCUGCUAAGAGGGGGACUUACAGACAUACUGAAAUCACUAAUAGACCUAGCAAAUGAUUUAGUGAUUGGAUCAACCAAGAUGACAGUAGAUUACUUACACUGUACAUUAUGGUGUAAUGAGCACCCGGGCCCUAACCCAGAUUAUGAGGAAGAAUUGUUAAAAACCACAGAAAGAACAAUUGGGUUAAAAUGGGUUCACUGUGAUAAAAAACGUGCAGCUGUAGAGGUGGAGUUGGGACCACAGAGUCAGAGACUGUACAGAGAAAGGUGGAGCCCCCAUGUUUCCCUAGUGAAAGAACCUUCAGAGGAAUGGUUAUCACUAGGUAAAUGGGUAAAAACAUCACUGACUGGCAGAAUACACCAAAUGGGGAUCAGUAUGGCCACUCCACUGGAAGAUAUAGAAGAAAGUUGAAUUGGAGAGCAAAAACCCAGCCCGGGUUCCACCUGGAGACAAGUUUUAACGAAUGACAGGAAUAUAUUUUCUUAACUCAGGAACAGGAGGAUGAGUUAGCAGCAAUUCCGUUCAAAUUAUGGUCACAAGGACCAGCCGAUGUGGGACUAAUUAAGGGGGUAGCUCCAGUACAAGUGGUUCCUCGAUCCGAUCACAGACCAUACCAAAAGCAAUAUCCUAUGAAACCAGAAGCAAUAAAAGGGAUAACACCUACAUUUGAACAUUUACUUGAGGGAGGGGUGAUAAUUCCUGGAGAUGAGGCACAAUGCAACUCUCCAGUAUUUCCUGUUAAAAAGGCGGCACCUAGCGCCGACUGGAGGAUGGUCAUGGACUUGCAGGGGGUUAAUAGAAAUAUAAUUCCCAGAGCUCCAUGUGUACCAGAUCCACAUAUAUUGCUGAACCAAUUGAAACCAGAGAACUCCUAUUUUACGGUGAUUGAUUUAGCUAAUGCUUUCUUUAGUAUCCCAGUUCAUCCAGAUAGUCAGGGGUGGUUUCGCUUUACAUUUCAGGGAAGGAAAUGGACUUACGCUAGGAUGCCACAAGGCUACUCGGAAAGUCCUACAAUCUUUGCCCAGGUUAUAACUAGGAAUUUGGGAAAGUUUGAACCUCAGGAAGGAAGCCAAAUAUUAGUUUAUGUAGAUGAUAUUCUAUUAGCUAAUCCCACUCAGGAAGGAUGUAAGAGGGAUACAAUCCAAUUGUUAACCUUCCUGCCAGAACAGGGACACAAAGUGAGCAAAAGGAAACUUCAACUUUGGCAGAGCGAGGUGAUUUACUUAGGACACAUCAUAACUCAGGAGGGGCGAAUGUUAAACUCAUCCAGAAAAACUGCUAUACUUGGAGCGCCAAAACCGUUAAACAAGAAACAAAUGAUGAGCUUUUUGGGGAUGAUAAACUACUGUAGAGCUUGGGUACCGCAUUAUGCACUGCAUACUGGGAAGUUAAGUGAUCUUAUCUAUGGGAAGGCAAUGGCAGCCCAUGAUAAAAUCAUUUGGAACUCCGAGGCGGAGGAACAAUUUAUAGAGAUAUAAAAGUUGCUCACUUCCCAAACAGCCGUAGCUUUUCCUAGAUAUGACAGGCCUUUUACCCAAACGGUGGACUGUAGGGAAGGAUAUAUGACAUCGGUCUUGACUCAAAAACAUGGGGAUAAGAACAAACCCAUUGCAUAUUAUUCAUCUAAAUUAGACCAGGUAGCACAAGCAAUGCCACUAUGUUUACAGUCUGUGGUAGCUGCAGCUCAGGCGGUGCAAGAUUCGGCAUCAAUAGUUUUGUACCACGAUUUAACCCUAAGGGUUCCGCAUGCAGUAUCCAUACUGUUGUUGGAGCAUAAGAUGGCCUAUAUGUCACCCGCUAGACAUUUAUCUUGUAUGAUAAUCCUGUUAAAUAUGGCUAAUUUGACCAUUGAACGGUGUACAACUCUGAACCCCUCUACUCUGGUUCCUAUUGCAAGAUGGCAGCCCACAUGAUUGUAUAACUGAAACUGAGAAACUUGUGUUGCCAAGACCUGACUUGAAAGACCUAGCCUUAGUAGAUGGGGAAGUGACUAUGUUUGUUGAUGGUUCAUCUAGAAAAAACCCUGAUGGUACGAAUGCUACAGGAUAUGCAGUUGUAACAGAGACCGACAUCUUGGAAGCCGAAUCAUUAUCCCCCUUUGUAAAAGUGUUUGGGAGACCAUAUAGAAUGCCCGAGUUAGGCAGACUAGAGCAGGCAGAUACAGUGGGGAAAAAAAGUAUUUAGUCAGCCACCAAUUGUGCAAGUUCUCCCACUUAAAAAGAUGAGAGAGGCCUGUAAUUUUCAUCAUAUGUACACGUCAACUAUGACAGAAUUCCAGGAAAAAAAAAGAAUUCCAGAAAAUCACAUUGUAGGAUUUUUAAUGAAUUUAUUUGCAAAUUAUGGUGGAAAAUAAGUAUUUGGUCAAUAACAAAAGUUUCUCAAUAGUUUGUUAUAUACCCUUUGUUGGCAAUGACACAGGUCAAACGUUUUCUGUAAGUCUUCACAAGGUUUUCACACACUGUUGCUGGUAUUUUGGCCCAUUCCUCCAUGCAGAUCUCCUCUAGAGCAGUGAUGUUUUGGGGCUGUCGCUGGGCAACACGGACUUUCAACUCCCUCCAAAGAUAUUCUAUGGGGUUGAGAUCUGGAGACUGGCUAGGCCACUCCAGGACCUUGAAAUGCUUCUUACGAAGCCACUCCUUCGUUGCCCGGGCGGUGUGUUUGGGAUCAUUGUCAUGCUGAAAGACCCAGCCACGUUUCAUCUUCAAUGCCCUUGCUGAUGGAAGGAGGUUUUCACUCAAAAUCUCACGAUACAUGGCCCCAUUCAUUAUUUCCUUUACACGGAUCGGUCGUCCUGGUCCCUUUGCAGAAAAACAGCCCCAAAGCAUGAUGUUUCCACCCCCAUGCUUCACAGUAGGUAUGGUGUUCUUUGGAUGCAACUCAGCAUUCUUUGUCCUCCAAACACGACGAAUUGAGUUUUUACCAAAAAGUUAUAUUUUGGUUUCAUCUGACCAUAUGACAUUCUGGACGUGUACUGGCUUAAGCAGGGGGACACGUCUGGCACUGCAGGAUUUGAGUCCCUGGCGGCGUAGUGUGUUACUGAUGGUAGGCUUUGUUACUUUGGUCCCAGCUCUCUGCAGGUCAUUCACUAGGUCCCCCCGUGUGGUUCUGGGAUUUUUGCUCACCGUUCUUGUGAUCAUUUUGACCCCACGGGGUGAGAUCUUGCGUGGAGCCCCAGAUCGAGGGAGAUUAUCAGUGGUCUUGUAUGUCUUCCAUUUCCCAAUAAUUGCUCCCAUAGUUGAUUUAUUCAAACCAAGCUGCUUACCUAUUGCAGAUUCAGUCUUCCCAGCCUGGUGCAGGUCUACAAUUUUGUUUCUGGUGUCCUUUUGACAGCUCUUUGGUCUUGGCCAUAGUGGAGUUUGGAGUGUGAUUGUUUGAGGUUGUGGACAGGUGUCUUUUAUACUGAUAACAAGUUCAAACAGGUGCCAUUAAUACAGGUAACGAGUGGAGGACAGAGGAGCCUCUUAAAGAAGAAGUUACAGGUCUGUGAGAGCCAGAAAUCUUGCUUGUUUGUAGGUGACCAAAUACUUAUUUUCCACCAUAAUUUGCAAAUAAAUUCAUAAAAAAUCCUACAAUGUGAUUUUCUGGAAUUUCUUUUCUCAAUUUGUCUGUCAUAGUUGACGUGUACCUAUGAUGAAAAUUACAGGUAUCUCUCAUCUUUUUAAGUGGGAGAACUUGCACAAUUGGUGGCUGACUAAAUACUUUUUUCCCCCACUGUAUAGAAGUAGAAGGGACGUUGGCAGGACAUAUGAGAAGACUGUUCAUUAACCAAACACGUAUGUCAAAGAUUUUGUGCCCCACAGGAGAACUAAAGGAGAGGGUAACCCACUCUAUCCAACCAGGUGACUGGGUGUGGAUACAAUCCCUAAAGAAGAAAGACUGGAAGCAGCCCCGUUGGGAAGGCCCCUAUCAGGUUUUAUUGGUCACCGCCUUUGCCAUUAGAAUAGCAGAAAGAGCAACCUGGGUCCACGUUACCCACUGCAAAAAGGUAAGAACACAGACAAGCACCACUGAACACACGCAUAGUUAGAGAGAAGAACUGAACCAAUAGGGUCCGGGGAUCACCUCUGUUAACGAAGAUCUCCUACCCUGACCUAUCAUCACUGUAGUGUGUUCUUAGGGUGUGAGUAUGGGGUGGUACCAAGCAGAAGGACUAAGGGCAGGAGAGGUUUGGCGGUUUUUGGGAAUAUGGGUGACCCUGAGCUGCAUCAUAGUCUCGGCAAUAGUCUUGAUAUGUCAAGAUCCACCACCACCCCGCACCAAUGACACUAUGCCCUUACCAUUAUUAAGAAAUAAAAGGGAAGCGACCCGACAUACUGACCAUCAAGGACGAGUGAUCUACAAAAUAGGAGUCAGAGAAGGGUGGGGAGUAAGAUUCAAAAUUAGGAUUAGGGAUCUUAUCAGGGCGGGUAAGCAAGCAACGUGGGAUUAUAGAAUCCCAUUGUAUUUAUGUUCAGCUCCCUCUGCGGAUUGUUCCUGGGCUCAGGUGUUUAGACAUACUGGGGGACGGAGAUAUGAGACGGGGGGGCUGGACGUCCAGAUGGAGGAUAAGAAGGUAUAACGACAUCCCCACGGAGAUGGUAGUGACAAUAGUAAAGGUCACUAAAGAGGACAUGAAAAUAACUUACUGGGCUUGCGCGGAUGAAUACGGACGCGAUACCUGUCUACGAUUACAUUUGGUGGAGUCGAAAGAGAUGGAGGGCCCAGGUCCUGUCAUUAAUCCAUUAAUAGCGAUUGACCGGGUAAAUCAGUCAAGGGAUGACGGAGUCAAUUCAACUAACCCGUUCACUAUGAAAUAUUUUCUCCUCCAAGAAUGGAACCAAGGGGAAGUAGAGGGAGUCCCGGAAGAAAAUCUCUGGUUAAAGUGGAUGAAGUACACUGCUAGGGCCUUGGGGGAGACCAAUUGUUAUGCAUGCUCCAUUGGGCGACCGACAAUGUUGACCGCCCCAAUGCCAAAGGCAAUGUUUCCCUGUGUAUUAGACCUGGGGUCCAAUCAAAAAGAGCACAAUUGCACAGGAAUUGGGCUAGCAAAGUUGACUUACUCGGCUAGCCCACCUAGGUUCACUUUAACUCCUGGCGAAUACCAGUGUUACAGACAUAGAAAUGGCACCCGUAACUUGGGUGAUUUUGAUGGCUGAUUGUGACUGAUUUAGAUAGGGGGGGGGGGGGGGGGGGGGGGGGGGGGGGGGGGGGGGGGGGGAAUUAUGAACCUUACCAUCCCUCUGACUGAUGUGUGGUGGGCAUGUACUAACAAAGGGAGCAUUCGACAGACAUUACCAGAAGGAUGGGUGGGUAAUUGUGCCCCAGUAUUGUUGGUCCAACCUGUAAGAAUUAGUCAUCAAAGACCAGUGACAGGAAGAAUAAUCAGGAGGAGAAGAAAUAUAGGUCAGGAAGGAAAUAGCCCAAUUUGGAUAGAUGUUAUAGGCAUCCCCAGGGGUGUUCCAGACGAAUACAAAGCUAUGAAUCAAAUAUGGGAGGGUUUUACCACAACAUUUUUCUGGUGGGUGACAAUAAACAAGAAUGUGGAUUGGAUUAAUUAUAUCUAUUACAACCAACAACGAUUUAUUAACCAGACUAGAGAUGCAGUAAAGGGGAUCUCCAAACAAUUAUCCGCCACUUCACUCAUGACUUGGGAAAAUCGGUUGGCUCUGGAUAUGUUGCUGGCAGAACGGGGCGGAGUCUGUAAAAUGGUGGGGGGCCAUUGUUGCACAUUUAUCCCUAACAACACCGCACCGGAGGGGACAGUAACCAGAGCUCUUGCAGGAUUAACUGCUCUAAGUGAAGAAUGGGCUGAAAACUCAGGAGUUAGUACAUAUUGGACAGGGUGGUUUGAUACCAUGUUUGGUAAAUGGAAAACCAUAGCAGCCACCAUCUUAGGGGCAGUCAGCGUUUGUAUGAGUAUUCUUGUAUUAUGUGGUUGUUGUUUUGUUCCCUGUGUCCGAGGAUUGGUGAGUAAGGCGUUGAUGAAUGCAGUAUCUCACCAAAUGAUGAGAGAUGGACCGACUCCGGACUCUGACGAGGAGAGUGGGAAAUGCGAUCCUCCAGGCUUGGGGGAUAACGAGGACUUUGACCUUGAAAGACCGCAAUUGGAUGAAACUUUUAUUGGUUCUGACGUAUAAAGGUCAUAGGGAAAAUCUUAAGAAGAAGACCUAUGAUUGGAAGUAGAUAAAUAGAACUAAUCUCUGAGAUUAAUCAUACUUGUAAAUACAUUUAUCCUGAGUGUGAAAACAUUUAGUCAAAGGGGUGGAUUGAUAGAUUAAUUUGUAUUUUAAGAAUAAUGACUGAAGGAUUUCACCCCAAAUACAGUAUAUAUGUGUGAGGUGUUAGAGUUAUAAUGUAGUGUCAACCCACUAACAGAGGGGGGAAGUUAGAAACUGUUGAGAAAGCAUUCCAGGGUGAAGGGGACUAAGAAACGGUUUAAAGGUGGGCGGAGCAAAGUGCCUUUGUGUGUCAAGGGAUAUAAAAGCUGUAUGUAUGUUUUUUGGCGCCAGAGCUCUCCAUGAUUAAAAAUACAGAUCAUUCUUGCUGGUUGCGGACCUUUGUUUAAUUCAUGAUUAAACCAGAUAAUUUACACCCUCUGGGAAUUAUUCAGAGCAUUAAGUUUGAUUAAUUAGAGAUAGAAAUUCUCGUGACACUGACCCACACUUAAGGAAAGCUUUGACUAUGUACAGACUCAGUGAGCAUAGACUUGCUAUUGAGAAAGGCCGCCGUAGGCAGACCUGGUUCUCAAGAGAAGACAGGUUAUGUGCACACUGCCCACAAAAUGAGGUGGAAACUGAGCUGCACUUCCUAACCUCCUGCCAAAUGUAUGACCAUAUUAGAGACACAUAUUUCCCUCAGAAUACAGAGAUCCACAAAGAAUUCGAAAACAAACCCAAUUUUGAUAAACUCCCUUAUCUACUGGGUGAAAAACCACAGUGUGCCAUCACAGCUGCAAGAUUUGUGAACUGUUGCCACAAGAAAAGGGCAACCAGUGAAGAACAAACACCAUUGUAAAUACAACCCAUAUUUAUGUUUAUUUAUUUUCCCAUUUGUACUUUAACUAUUUGCACAUUGUUACAGCACUGUAUAUAUAUAUAUAUAUAUAUAUAUAAAUAAUAUGACAUUUGAAUUUGUCUUUAUUCUUUUGGAACUUCUGAGAGAGAGAGAGAGAGAGAGAGAGAGAGAGAGAGAGAGAGAGAGAGAGAGAGAGAGAGAGAGAGAGAGAGAGAGAGAGAGAGAGAGAAACAAAGGGUGGCAUAAUGCAUAACAAAAAGAAUAGCACAUCCUAAAACAGCAAGUAUGUGUCAAUGACUCUGUUACUUAACUUGAUUAACAUCUAGAGAGUCUUAUGUUCAGCACACCUGGCUUCAAAUAGGAUACAUUUUCUCUCAAAUGCUUUGUGCUGUGCUUGAUUGAGCUUGCCUGGUGUGAUAUAACCAGUGGAAUUGUCCCAAAAGUGCAAAAUUCCCCCAUCUCACCUGGUAAUCAAACGCUUGAUGCAAUUGAAAGAAAACAAACACUAUUUGAACACAGGGCACAGAAUCAGUGUGUCAGUGUAGGAGUGCUGAUCUAGGAUCAGGUUCCUGUCCAUAUAAUCUUAUUCAUUAUUCAGUAAAAGGCUAAACUGAUUCUAGAUUAGCACUCCUACUCUUAAAUGCUUUAUGAAUAGGGGCCCAGGUCUCUCUCUAUCUCUCUCUCUCCCAACUCAAGCUCUCUCUUUUAUUGACUCUCUCACCCCUCUCCCUCUCUCUUUUACUGCCACUCUCUUCCUCCUCUCCCUCUCUCUCUCCCCCCUUCCUCUCUCUUUUAUUACCUCUCUCUCCCCUCUCCCACUCUCUUUUACCACCUCUAUCUCCCCUCUCCCUCUCUUUUACUACCCCUUUCUCCUCCUUUUCUACUUUACCGCGCUUCUCCUUUCUCCCUCUCUCUUAAUACCGCUUCCCCCCUCCUCUUUUACACCUCUCGCCCCCUCCCCUCCGCCCUACUACCCCCCUUCUCCCUCUUUAAUAACCUCUCUCCCCCCGUCCGCCUUUUACUACCUCUCUCUCUCCCCCCCUCUUCUACCCUCCCUCCUCCCUCUCCCCUCUCUCUCCUCCCCUCCCCUCCCUUUACUACCUCUCGCUCCCCUCUCCUCUCUCUUUUAACUAAACCUCUCCCCUCUCUCCCCUCCUCUCUCCCCUCCCUCUUCUUUCCCCCUCUCCCCUCCCCCCUCUCCCUCUUCCUUUUAAUACCUCCCUCUCCCCUCCCUCUCUUUUACCGGUCGCUCUCGCCCUCUCCCUCUGCUCUUGACCCCCGUCUGCGUCUCCCCCUCCCCACGCCCGUCCCCCCCGCGCCCCCCCUCCUUUCGACUCGCCCUUCGCGCUUCUCCGCCUCCCGCUCUCUCUACUACUUCUCUCGCUUCCGCCGCUUGCAAGUCCAGACGACCGUUGACGUAGCUCCGUCUCCCAGAGCGCCGCAGGGUCGUACAUCUCGCGCCCCUGCCCUCAUCGUUUACUAACUCGCUCACCUCCCCUCUCUACCCGGAGGGGUAGGCAGGAAAUCGGGGGUUAUAUGAGCUGGAGGGGGGGGAAGGGGGGGAAAAGGGGGGAGGGGGGAGAAGGAAGGGGAAAAGAAAGGAGGGGGAGGAGGGAGGCAAAACUCCUAAAUCCUUUUCCGUUACUUCUUUACUACCUUGGUCUCUCUUGACCCCCUCUCACUCUACCAUCUAUUUCUGUCUCUUCUACGUCUUCUAUUCUUCUGAAAAUUCUUUAUUUUUACACCCUCCUCUUCCCCUGCUACUCUUUUUACUCCCUCUCCCUCUUCUCUCUUCCCUCUCGGGUUUAUAUACCCCUUCUCCCCUAUCCCUCUUUUUUAAUACCUCUUCUUUUCCCUCUUCCCCUUCCCACUUCUUUACUACCUUCUUCUCUCUCCCCCCCUCCUCCUCUGUUUUUAAACCUUUCUCUCCCCUCUCUCCUCUCUGUUUUACUACCUCUCUCUCUCCCCUCUCCCUCUCUCUUUUAAUACCUUCUCUUCCCUAUCCCCCUCUUUUUAAUACGCUCUCUCUCCCCCUUCCCACUCCUUUACUACUCUCCCCUCUCUCUCCCCACCCGCUCUUUUAAACUUGCUCUCCCCUUUCUCCCUUCUGUUUACGACCUUCUCUCCCCUAUCCCCUCUCUUUUAAUACCGCUCUCUCUCUCCUCUCUCCCCUCUCCCUCUCUCUUUUACUACCUCUCUCUCUCCCCUCUCCUCUCUGUUUUACUACCUCUCUCUCUCCCCUCUCCCUCUCUCUUUUUACCCUUUCCUCUAUCUCCCCUAUCCCCCCUCUUUAAACUCUCUCUCUCCCCUCUCCUUUUCUUGUUACUACUUCUCUCUCUCCCCUCCCCCCUCUCUUUACUACCUCUCUCUCUGACACUGCCUUUUUCUCCCCCUCUCUCUCUUCCUCUUCCUUCUUUCUCCUCUUCCCUCUUUUUCCCUUGCUACCUUUCUAUUUCUCUCUCUCUUGCUCACUGCAUGCUCCCUCCCUCCCUCCCUCCCUCCCUCCCUCCCUCCCUCCCUCCCUCUAUCUCCCCUUACCCAUGUAUCUUACCCAUCUCUUACUCUGCCAUCUCUCCCAUUUAACCUUGUAUCAUUUAACAACUACUUUUCCAGAUAAAAACAAAAACAUAUCACUGUCCAUUCAGUGUUUUUUAUGCUCUGUGUUGCCACUUAGUCUCUAUUGGCCUCCCUCCUCCUUCCCUUCCUCCAUCCCUCCUUCCCUCCAUCCCUCCUUCCCUCCAUCCGUCCUUCUCUCCCUCCCUCCCUCCUUCCAUCUCUCCCUCCUCUUCCUCCCUCUCUUCUUCUCCCCCUCCCUCCCUGUUACCCUCUCCUCCCCCUCUCCUCUCUGCUAUUGAAUAAUGAGUAACAGCUCUUCCAGGAAACUCUCAAAUCUGCUCUUAUGACCAACAUCACGUUGUUGGCACAUUUUUAAACCUCACUUCAAAGCCAGUAGAUUUUUUUUGUUGCCUGAGAUCAAAUCUUUACCGCUUAUGGUAUAUGCACUGUAUGUAGCCUAUACUAUCUUUACAUGAUUGCAGUGCAGUGCUAUGAAAUUAUGAUAAAACAUUAUGAAUAAUGGUAAAUGUAAUCACAUUGUUUUCUCCGAGAUGCAUGUAAGGUAGAGUGUGUGGCGUAAUUGCAGAGUCAUCUCUGUUCUGCAAUUACGUUUAAUUAAUUUGUUGUAUUUAUUUACUUAUUCAUUUUUGAGGGCAAAUCAUACUCAAAUUAACUUCUUGUUAUUGUUGAUGUCGUUGACAUUAUUGUUAUUAUAGACGUUUUUAUUCUGAUAACCAUUAUUUUUGUACUCUUCUUAUUUUAUUCUAUUGAUUGAAAGGUUGUUGUUAGCCUCUCUCUAUUAUGACCACACCUCAAGCCCUGUUGUCUGCACCCCAAAUGGCAACCUAUUCCAAAUAUAGUGUGUGGGCUCCCUAUUCACAUAGGGCCCUGGUCAAAAGUAGUGCACUACAUAGGGAAUAGGGUGCCAAUUGGGACGCAGCCUAAUAUCUCAAUCCAAAACACCACUGAGCUUAUUUUACACCAUCUGUGGGAUAGUGUUAGUAUGUAGCUCUUUCCCAUAAUAAAUCAGAAUAGUUGAAAAUGGAGGACUGGGCCUUUAAACGCACCUCAGCUUGUUAUCAUGGGCCAGACAUUGCUAAAGACAUCCAUUGAAUUAUGAACUGAGAAUUCAGGCAUAACCAAUCAUAGCGUGACACUAGGCGUAAUGGUUUGGAAUACAUUAUACACAGCAGAGGGGAAUCCAGUAAUUCAAGAUGUAAACACAACAUACUCACAGACUCACAGGCACAGACUCACAGGCACAGACUCACAGACACAGACUCACAGAUACAGACUCACAGACACAGACUCACAGAGACAUACUCACAGACACAGACUCACACACACAGAUGUACACAGACAGACAAAGACAGACAGACAGACAGACAGACAGACAGACACAGGCACGCAUAAAUACACACACACACACACACACACACACACAUACAAACACACACACACUCACACAUACACACAGAUGUUAUCAAACAUAAUAUCUGUAAACAUACCACAAGAGUCCUUCUCUUGUCUCCCUCUGCCCUAACAGAGUACUAUUCACCCCACUCCAUCUCUCUCCCUCUCUCUCCCUCUCUCUCCCUCACUCUCUCCCUUUUCCUGUCCCCUCUCUCUUCCUGUCCCCUCUCUUCCUGUCCCCUCUCUCUUCCUGUCCCCUCUCUCUUCCUGUCCCCUCUCUCUGCUCAGGGCUCCCAGUGACAACACUCUCAUUCAACCACAUUUUCCACCUCCACAAACAUAAUCAUUAUCAUCACAGUUAAGUGAAUUACGUCAGCACUCACAUACUCUGGAGAAGUAUGUGGACUGUAAACGUAUACUUACAGAUGUAUGUGGAACAUAUGUACACACACAUGCAUGGCACACACACACACAUACACACACACUGGCACACACACAAACCUUGGCACCAGAUGGUGUUAACAUUCUGUCGCCUCCUGUCUCCUCUCGUAGCCUACAGAUGUAGACAUAUUUAUGCUACAAAACACACCACCCACCUAUAUAGCACUACAAACUGUGCUUGUUCAAAAUCUCAAAUAAUAAUACGUAAGGGAUGGGUCGCCAAGUCGACUUGACAUGUAAAUAAACCAUUCAUUCAUUCAUUCAUUUGUUUGUUUGUUCUUUUUUUCUUUUUUAUUCGUUCGUUCGCUCACUCAUUCAUUUGUUUGCUCAUUCGUUCAUUCAUUCAGUACGGUGAUUAGUAAGAUAAUCAACCCUGGAUUAUAGCCUUCUAGGACGGUUAAUCAUAGACAUACUGUACAUUCACAUACAUGUAGGCUAUAUAUUCAGUGCAAAACAGAAAGAGAAAACAAUAUUCCAUCUAGAUCCAGGUGCUGGUAUUGGCAGGAACAACUAUAUGUGUUUAUACCUCAUUUUUACAUCAUUAUAAACUGGGUGGUUUGAGCCCUUUAUGCUGAUUGGCUGAAAGAUGUGGUAUAUCAGACCGUAUACCGCGGGUAAAUAAAAUACAUUAAUAAUACUUUUUACUGCUCUAAUUACAAUGGUAACCAGUUUAUAAUAGCAAUAAUACCCCUCGGGGGUUUGUGGUAUAUGGCCAAUAUACCACGGCUAAUGGCUAUAGCCAGGCGUUGUGCCUAAGAACAGCCCUUAGCUGUGAUAUAUUGACCAUACAGUGCAUUUGGAAAGUAUUCAGACCCCUUGACUUUUUCCACAUUUUGUUAUGUUACAGCCUUAUUCUAAAAUUGAUUAAAUUGUUGUUUUUUUCUCAUCAAUCUACACACAAUACCCCAUAAUGACAAAGCAAAAACAGGUUUUUAGAUUUAUUUAGCAAAUGUAUUAAAAAUAAAAAACUGAAAUAUCACAUUUACAUAAGUAUUCAGACCCUUUACUUUGUUGAAGCACCUUUGGAAGUGAAUACAGCCUCGAGUCUUCUUGUGUAUGACGCUACAAGCUUGGCACACCUGUAUUUGGGGAGUUUCUCCGAUUCUUCUCUGCAGAUCUUCUCAAGCUCUGUCAGGGUGGAUGGGGAGCGUCGCUGAACAGCUAUUUUCAGGUCUCUCCAGAGAUGUUCGAUCGGGUUCAAGUCCCGGUCUGGCUGGGCCAAUCAAGGACAUUCAGAGACUUGUCCCGAAGCCACUCCUGCAUUGUCUUGGCUGUGUGCUUAGGGUCGUUGUCCUGUUGGAAGGUGAACCUUUGCCCCAGUCUGAGGUCCUGAGCGCUCUGGAGCAGGUUUUCAUCAAGGAGCUCUCUGUACUUUGCUCCGUUCAUCUUUCCCUUGAUCCUGACUAGUCUCCCAGUCCCUGCCGCUGAAAAACAUCCCCACAGCAUGAUGCUGCCACCACCAUGCAUCACUGUAGGGAUGGUGCCAGGUUUCCUCCAGAUGGGAAGCUUGGCAUUUACAUUUUAGUAAUUUAGCAGACGCUCUUAUCCAGAGCGACUUACAGUUAGUGAGUGCAUACAUUUUUUUUCAUACUGGCCCCCCUGUGGGAAUCGAACCCACAACCCUGGCGUUGCAAACGCCAUGCUCUACCAACUGAGCUACAUGGGACACAGAGUUCAAUCUUGGUUUCAUCAGACCAGAGAAUCUUGUUUCUCAUGGUCUGAGAGUCCUUUAGGUGCCUUUUGGCAAACUCCAAGCAAAGGGUUUGAAUAAUUAUGUAAAUACAUUUUUUAUAUAUUAGCAAAAAUGUAAAAAAAAACUGUUUUCGCUUUGUGAUUAUGGGGUAUUGUAUGUAGAUUGAUGAGAAUUUUUAUUUAUUUAAUCUAUCACGUUUCAGGAGAAGACCCAGAUGCAGACAAUGUCGAAGUAACAAAAGUUUAUUACAAAAACAGGGGGCAGGUCAAGGGCAAGCAGAGGUCAGUAAUCCAGAUCAGAGUCCAAAAGGUACAGAAUGGCAGGCAGUCUCAGGGUCAGGGCAGGCAGAGGUCAAUAAUCCAGGGUUGUGUGAUAAAGUACAGAAUGGCAGGCAGGCUCAGGGUCAGGGCAGGCAGAAUGGUCAAAACCGGGAAAACUAGAAAACAUGAACUUGAGAAAGACAGAAGCAAGGGGGAAAACGCUGGUAGGCUUGACAAAACAAAAAAACUGGCAACAGACAAACAGAGAACACAGGUAUAAAUACACUGGGGAUAAUGGGGAAGAUGGGUGACACCUGGAGGAGGGUGGAGACAAUCACAAAGACAGGUGAAACAGAUCAGGGUGUGACAGUACCCGCCCCUCUAGGGGCGCCACCUGGUGUCCUACCUGGGUCUAUACCUAGUUGACCGGGGUGCCGAUGUUGAAACUCAGCGAUGGACCCAGCACCUCUCCUCCGGGCCAUAACCCUCCCAAUCAACCAGAUACUGGAAUCCCCUGCCUCGAGGUCGAACAUUCAGGAGACGCCUCACCGUGUACGCCGGUUGGCAGUCGAUGAGACGGGGGAGAGGGGUGGGCCUGGAAACAGGAGACAAAGGGCUGUGAGACAUGGGUUUGAUCCUAGACACAUGAAAAGUGGGAUGUAUAUGGAGGGUACGGGGCAACAGAAGACGAACAGCAGAGGGGCUAAUGAUCUUGGAGAUGGAGAAGGGGACAAUAAACCCAGAGGAAAGUUUGCAGGACUCCACCUGGAGUGGCAUAUCUCGGGUGGACAGCCAUACCUUCUGCCCUAGACGAUACCGGGAGCCGAGGUCCGGUGGCGGUCCGCUUGUCGUCGAUACCUAGAGGUAGUCUUGAGAUUAGCCGACCGGGCUCUCCUCCAGGUACGAUGACAGUGGUGGACAAACAUCUGGGCCGAGCGAAUGCCGACCUCUUCCUCUUGCUCCGGGAAGAGCAGGGGCUGAUAACCCAGGGAACACUCAAAGGGCGAAAGACCCGUGGCAGAGCAGGGAAGGGUGUUGCAGGCGUAUUCGACCCACACUAGUUGCUGGCUCCAGGUGGUAGGGUUGGCGGAGACCAGGCAGCGCAGAGUCGUCUCCAGGUCUUGGUUGACUCGCUCCGACUGGCCGUUGGACUGAGGGUGGAAACCAGAGGAAAGGCUGGCCGACGACCCAAUGAGUGUGCAGAACGCCUUCCAGAACCGGAACGAGAACUGAGGACCCCGGUCAGAGACCAUGUCCACUGGGAGUCCAUGGAUCCGGAAGAUGUGCUGCACCAUGAGCUGGGCCAUCUCUUUGGCGGAGGGUAGCUUGGGAAGAGGAAUGAAGUGGGCGUCUUUGGGAAACCAGUCCACAACAGUCAGGAUGGCGGUGUUGCCAUCAGAUGGGGGAAGACCUGUGACAAAUGAGGAACAGACAGAGGUUGCAGGAGACCAGCCGGAGCUUGCCGAGUUGUCUUUUUCUGCGCACAGAUCCUGCAGGCGGCGAUGAACGCGGAGACAUCAAGAGCCAUGGUAGGCCACCAAAAGCGUUGUCGCACAAAGGCCAGGGUCCGACGGGAGCCCUGGUGGCAGGCAAGCCUGGAGGAGUGGGCCCUCUCCAGGAUCGAGGAGCAGACAGCGUCAGGAACAAACAUCCGGAUAUCUGGGCCCCCCCCCCCCCGGGGUUCGGCUGGGAAUGCUGUUCCUCCCGGACCUGCUUCCCUAUUCCCCAACUGAGUGCCGUCGCCAAGCACGAGGUGGGAAGGAUGGUCUCGGAUUCCGGGGUUGUAGCCCGGGGCAAUAGUGGCGUGACAGUGCAUCUGGCUUGACAUUCUUGGAUCCCGGUCGGUAUGAUAGGGAGAAGUUGAACCGGGUGAAAAGUAGGGCCCACCUAGCUUGCCUGGAAUUGAGAUGCUUGGCAGUGCGGAAAUGCUGCUGGGUCAGUCAUGGCCAGUUCGUACUAUCACAUUUCUGGAGAAGACCCAGAUGCAGACAGUGUCGAAGUAAAAAAGGUUUAUUACAAAAACAGGGGGCAGGCAAACGACAGGUCAAGGGCAGGCAGAGGUCAGUAUUCCAGAUCAGAGUCCAAAAGGUACAGAAUGGCAGGCAGUCUCAGGGUCAGGGCAGGCAGAGGUCAAUAAUCCAGGGUGGUGUGACAAGGUACAGAACGGCAAGCAGGCUCAGGGUCAGGGCAGGCAGAAUGGUUAAAACCGGGAAAACUAGAAAACAGGAACUUGAGAAAGACAGGGGCAAGGGGAAAAACGCUGGUAGGCUUGACGAAACAAAAACAAACUGGCAACAGACAAAUAGUGUAUAAAUACACUGGGGAUAAUGGGGAAGAUGGGCGACAUCUGGAGGGGGGUGGAGACAAUCACAAAGACAGGUGAAACAGAUCAGGGUGUGACAUAAUUCCUUUUAAGGCUGUAACAUAACAAAAUGUGGAAAAGGGGAAGGGGUCUGAAUACUUUCCGAAUGCACUGUUUACCACAAACCCCCGAGGUACCUUAUUGCUUAAAUUUACAUUCUACUGUCUACAUCAUUGGGGCUUACUCUCAGAGCCUUCUAGGGGUUCUAACGCUGACUCUGAGUUUAUUAACAACUUUACAUCUUAACAGUGUUUACAUUGUCUUUCCAUUUAUUGGCGCCAUGCUCUAAAACAUCCAGGAGGAGACUUCUUCCUGUUGGAGUCCAUUGGUCUUUGGGUUUCUAUUUGUGCGUCUAGAUCUUUUUGUGAUGACGAAGUGAGAUUUCUUUUUCUCAACACUUUUUUUGUUGUUGUUUUAUUUUUACUUUUUUUGUUUAAAAUAAAUGCACUGUUGGUUAAGGGCUGUAAGUAAGCAUUUCACUGUAAUGUCUGCACCUGUUGUAUUCGGCGCAUGUGACCAAUAAAAUUUGAUUUGAUUUGAUUUGAUUUGAGAUUGAUACACCUCUAUUGUAUACCUCUCUCUCUUCCGCCCCAUCUGCCCAUCGAUCCAUCUCCCCCGUCUGUCUUCCAUUCUGCUGCUCUAUCCAUCUCUCUAUUUCGGUCUUUCAUUCUGUUGCUCUAUCCAUCUCCCCCGUCUGUCUUCCAUUCUGCUGUUCUAUCCAUCUCUCUAUUUCGGUCUUUCAUUCUGCUGUUCUAUCCAUCUCUCUCUUUCGGUCUUUCAUUCUGCUGUUCUAUCCAUCUCUCUCUUUCGGUCUUUCAUACUCCUGUUCUAUCCAUCUCUCUAUUUCGGUCUUCCAUUCUGCUGUUCUAUCCAUCUCUCUCUUUCGGUCUUUCAUACUGUUCUAUCCAUCUCUCUCUUUUCUGUCUUCCAAUUUCCUGCUCUAUCCAUCUCCCGUGGGUUUACUAAAGGUCUAAUGGGAUUCAAACAGUUAGAUCCAAACUAACAUGUAAAAGCCAGCCCUCGCUCCUCUAUCACCUAUCCCUUCCUCUCUUCAGGCCCCUGAGUGGCUGGGUUGGGUUUGGGGGGAGGGUCUGGGGUGGGGCAAUAAUCAUCAUAGGAACUCCAUACAAGAAGGAUACGCGCACGCAAAUGUACCCACACACGUGCGGGCCCACAGACUUGCCUCUGCAAUGACUGCUAUUUACCCUACCACAGCCCCUACAGCAUCUUCAUCCCCACCUGCAUUUUCACUCCACACACUCAAGCUGCGUCCCAAAUGGCACCCUAUUUCCUAUUUAGUACUGCACAAUGUGUAUCACGUGUAUUUCUAAGGGCUCUAUUUAAUCAGAUCUGCUUUAGCCGACAUCAGCAUAGCGGUUGUUUUGGCGGUGUCAGAGGUGGAACUGCGUUAGAACUGUGAAAUCCUCAAGAGUCUCCAGGCAUUAUACCUAAAGCGGACAUUGCCAUUGGCUACACGGAGUCGCAUUAACAGAAAUCCCAUGCAGCCUUGUUUACAAGUUGGAACCCUGGAAUGUGAGAUGUAAUCUACACCUCUAUUAAGAUGAUAGAAAUCCUCCUUAUUUUGUUGAAUUAUUGUUUCUAUGUAUUAUUGUUUCUAUGUAUUAUUGUUUCUAUGUAUUAUUGUUUCUAUGUAUUAUUGUUUCUAAGUAUUAUUGUUUCUAUGUAUUAUUGUUUCUAUGUAUUAUUGUUUCUAUGUUUUAUUGUUUCUAUGUAUUAAUAUUAUUAUAUAAACUUUCUCAUUAUGAACUUCUAAUGCAAAUGGGAUAGGUGUCAGUAGUUCCGAUGUGGAUGUGGUGGAGGAGUCAGGCGCAGGAAACAGAGGAUACGUCCAAAAGACUUUAAUAGUCCAAAGUGCAACAAACAAUACACGACCUCGAAAACAGACGGAGGCGAGGCAAUACGCAAACACGCGUAAACAAUAAUCCAACAAAGGCAGAGUGCAAAACACGCAGCUCCGCACGACAGGCAGAAAUAACAACACACAAUCAGACUAAUGCAAAACAAGGAACUUAUAAGACAAGUAAUCAACACACAAAUGGACACAGGUGUAAAAGACAGACGAAAGCAAUCACACACGAAACAUAGAGCGGUGGCAGCUAGUACUCCGGGGACGGCGAACGCCGAAGCCUGCCCGAACCAGGAGGAGGAGCAGUCUCGGCAGAAUCCGUGACAAUAGGUGUGGCUUCAUGACAAUUGUCAAGUUGUUUUGCGUGGCCGGGUUCCCUGGGUGGGUGGAGUUUGCUCAUUUUAAAUCAUUCCAUUGAUCCUUAAGUGAAAUCUCCACCCUCUCUGGGCACUGGGCUAUGCAAAACAACUCCACCAUUGAUCUCAAGAGCAGCUGCUCACCAAUUUGAUGGCUCUAACAUAGUUCCAACUCCACACCUCCAAAACAUCUGCUAUAUGGGUGUUUGCUAUCGCUGGUUAAUGCUUGUUCCGAUUGAAUCUAGGCCUAAAUGUGUUCCAUGUCCAUUUAUAGAGUGAUAACAUGGAAAUAUAUCAUUCCUUUUAUUGACUUUCCUCGCGUUAUCCCUCCUCCUAUCUCUCCUCCUACUUCUCCUCCUCCUCCAUCCUGUCCUCCUCUAUCCUCCUCCUCACUCCUCCUCCUACUCCCCCUCCUCCUCCUCCUGUCUAUUGCUCCCUCCUCGCUCUCCCCUCUACUCCUCCUCCUCCUCCUCCUCCCUACUCUCCUAUCUCCUCCUCCUCCUCCUCCUAUCUCUCCUCCUCCUCCUCCUCUUCCUCCUCCUAUUGCUCCUCCUCCUAUCUCCUCCUCCUCCUCCUCCUAUCCCUCCUCCUCCUCCUCCUCCUAUCUCUUCCUCCCUCCUCCUCCUCCUCCUCCUGCUACUCCUCCUCUCCUCCUCCUCCUCGUCCUAUAUCUCCUCCUCCUCAUGCUAUAUCUCCUCCUCCUCCUCCUCCUAUCUCCUCCUCCUCCUCCUCCUCCUCCUCCUCCUCUCCUCGUAUCUCCCCUCCCCUCCUCCUCCUCCUCCUAUCUCUCCUCCUCCUCCUAUCUCUCCUCUAUUCUCCUCCUCCUCCUCCUCCUAUCUCUCCUCCUCCUCCUAUCUCUCCUCCUCCUCCUCCUCGGCAUCCCAUGUUCCUUUCCUCUCUCUCUUUUUUUCCAAAUAUGCUUGUGCUGCUGUUUACCCCCCUCCCCUCUCCUUUUAGAAUGUUUUAUCACUCCAUCAUUAUCCUAGAAAGCUGUGUGAGUGUGUGCAUGUUGGUGUGUGUGGGUCUUUGCAUGCGUGUGUUUGUGCAUGCGUCAGCGUGCGUGCGUGCGUUCGGUCCCCAGACAGCAGUGCUACAAAAGAGAGAGAGGGACCAGGCAUCACUAGAACAAUAAAUGAGAGAGAGAGACACACAAAGAGGAGGAGGAGAAAAACAGGAGGAAGAUAAGGUACUGAAGGGAAGAGAGAGGACUAUCAGAGAGAGACAGUCAUCAUAGCCAGGAAACAUCUGUACUCUGUGACCUUUCUGAGAAAUUGCCCUGUCCUCAGGAGCCCAUGUGACACACACACACACACACACACACACACACACACACACACACACACACACACACACACUGAUAUUCAAAACAUCUGCACUGAGCUUAAGGCUAGAGCUGCCCUUUUCAAGGAGCGGGACACUAAUCCGGGCGCUUAUAAGAAAUCCUGCUACGACCUCCGACGGGCCAUCAAACAGGCAAAGCAUCAAUACAGGACUAAGAUCGAAUCCUACUAUGCUGUCUCUGAUGCUCGAUGAAUGUGGCAGGGUUUGCAAACUAUCACGGAUUACAAAGGGAUACCCAGCCAUGAGCUGCCCAGAGACGCGAGCCGACCAGACAAGCUAAACAGGUUAACAUUCGCAAGGCCACGGGGCCAGACGGAAUACCAGGGCGCGUACUCAGAGCAUGCACUGACCAGCUUCACUGACAUUUUCAACCUAUCCCUGACCCGGUCUGUAAUACCAACUUGUUUCAAACAGACCACCAUAGUCCCCGUGCCCAAGAACGCCAAGGUAACCAUUCUAAAUGACUAUAGCCCUGUAGCACUCACAUCUAUAGCCAUUAAAUGCGUUGAAAGGCUGGUCAAGGCUCACAUCAACACUGUCAUCCCAGACACCCUGAACCCAUUCCAAUUAACAUACCGCCCCAACAGAUCCACAGAUGAUGCAAUCUCUAUUGCACUCCACACUGCCCUCACUCACCUGGACAAUAGGAAUAUCUAUGACUACAGCUCAGUAUUCAACACCAUAGUCCCCUCCAAGCUCAUCACCAAGCUCAGGACCCUGGGACUGAACACCUCCCUCUGCAACUGGAGCCUGGCCUUCCUGAUGGGCCGCCCCCAGGUGGUGAGGGAAGGCAACAACACCUCCGCCACGCUGACCAUCAACACGGGGGCCCCUCAGGGGUGUGUGCUUAGUCCCCUCCUGUACUCCCUGUUCAUCCACGACUGCGUGGCCGUGCAUGACUUCAACACCAUUAUCAAGUUUACUGACGACACGACUGUGGUAAGACUGAUCACCGACGACAAUAAGGGAGCCUUUAGUGAGGAGGUCAGAGACCUGGCAUUGUGGUACCAGGACAACAACCUCUAACUCAACAUCAGCAAGACAAAGGAUCUGAUCGUGGUCUACAGGAAACGGAGGGGUGUGCACACCACCAUCCACAUCGAUGGGGCUAUAGUGGAGCGGGUUGAGAGAUUAAAGUUAUUUGGUGUCUACAUCACUAAGGAAUUAACAUGGUCCACACACACCCACACAGUCGUGAAGAGGGCACGACAGCGCCUCUUCCCACUCAAGAGGCUGAAAAGAUUUGGCAUGGGCCCUCAGAUCUUCAAAAGGUUCUACAGCUGCACCAUUGAGAGCAUCUUGACUGGCUGCAUCACCACUUGGUACGGCAACUGCUUGGCAUCCGACCUCAAGGUGUUACAGAGGGUGUUGAGUAUGGCCCAGUACAUCACCGGGGCUGAGCUCCCUGCCAUCCAGGAUCUCUAUACCAGGCGGUGUCAGAGGAAGGCCCCAAAAAAUUGUCAAAGACUCCAGCCACCCAAGCCAUAGACUGUUCUCUCUGCUACCGCAUGGCAAGCACUACCAGUGCACCAAGUCUAGAACCAACAGGACCCUGAAAAGCUUCUAUCCCUAAGCCAUGAGACUGCUAAACAAGACUGCUAAAUAGCUCAUCAAAUGGCUACCCGGACUACCUGCAUUUACCCUUUUUUGCACAAACUUUCUUGCACUGACUCACACAUACUUACACUGAAAUCCCAACACACACAUAUACACACACACACUACAUAUGCCCACACACAUAUAAAAUGCGCACACAUGCAUACUGACACCACACACACACACACACACACACACACACACACUUUCACACUCACCACAUACGCUGCUGUUACUGUCUAUUAUCUAUCCUGUUGCCUAGUCAAUUUACCCCUACCUAUUAUGUACAUACAGUUGAAGUCGGAAGUUUACAUACACCUUAGCCAAAUACAUUUAAACUCAGUUUUUCACAAUUCCUGACAUUUAGUCCUAGUAAAAAUUCCCUGUUUUAGGUCAGUUAGGAUCACCACUUUAUUUUAAGAAUGUGAAAUAUCAGAAUAAUAGAUCACCACUUUUAUUUCUUUCAUCACAUUCCAAGUGGGUCAGAAGUUUACAUACACUCAGUUAGUAUUUGGUAGCAUUGCCCCUAAAUUGUUUAACUUGGGUCAAACGUUUCGGGUAGCCUUCCACAAGCUUCCCACAAUAAGUUGGGUGAAUUUUGGCCCAUUCCUCCUGACAUAGCUGGUGUAACUGAGUCAGGUUUGUAGGUCUCCUUGCUCGCACAUGCUUUUUCAGUUCUGCCCACACAUUUUCUAUAGGAUUGAGGUCAGGGCUUUGUGAUGGCCACUCCAAUACCUUGACUUUGUUGUCCUUAAGCCAUUUUGCCACAACUUUGGAAGUAUGCUUGGGGUCAUUGUCCAUUUGGAAGACCCAUUUGCGACCAAGCUUUAACUUCCUGACUGAUGUCUUGAGAUGUUGCUUCAAUAUAUCCACAUAAUUUUCCUUCCUCAUGAUGCCAUCUGUUUUGUGAAGUGCACCAGUCCCUCCUGCAGCAAAGCACCCCCACAGCAUGAUGCUGCCACCCCCGUGCUUCACGGUUGGGAUGGUGUUCUUCGGCUUGCAAGCACCCCCUUUUUCCUCCAAACAUAACGAUGGUCAUUAUGGACCAGAGGACAUUUCUCCAAAAAGUACGAUCUUUGUCACCAUGUGCAGUUGCAAACCGUAGUCUGGCUUUUUUAUGGCGGUUUUGGAGCAGUGGCUUCUUCCUUGCUGAGUGGCCUUUCAGGUUAUGUCGAUAUAGGACUCGUUUUACUGUGGAUAUUGAUACUUUUGUACCUGUUUCCUCCAGCAUCUUCACAAGGUCCUUUGCUGUUGUUCUGGGAUUGAUUUGCACUUUUCGCACCAGAGUACGUUAAUCUCUAUGAGACAGAACAUGUCUCCUGAGCGGUAUGACGUCUGCGUGGUCCCAUGGUGUUUAUACUUGCGUACUAUUGUUUGUACAGAUGAACAUGGUACCUUCAGCCGUUUGGAAAUUGCUCCCAAGGAUGAACCAGACUUGUGGAGGUCUACAAUUCUUUUUCUGAGGUCUUGGCUGAUUUCUUUUGAUUUUCCCAUGAUGUCAAGCAAAGAGGCACUGAGUUUGAAGGUAGGCCUUGAAAUACAUCCACAGGUACACCUCCAAUUGACUCAAAUGAUGUCAAUUAGCCUAUCAGAAGCUUCUAAAGCCAUGACAUCAUUUUCUGGAAUUUUCCAAGCUGUUUAAAGGCACAGUCAACUUAGUGUAUAUAAACUUCUGACCCCACUGCAAUUGUGAUACAGUGAAUUAUAAGUGAAAUAAUCUGUCUGUAAACAAUUCUUGGAAAAAUUACUUGUGUCAUGCACAGACUUGCCAAAACUAUAGUUUGUUAACAAGAAAUUUGUGGAGUGGUUGAAAAACAAGUUUUAAUGACUCCAACCUAAGUGUAUGUAAACCUCCGACUUCAACUGUAGCUUCCUCAAUGACCUUGUACCCCUGCUGGUACUCCCUGUAUAUAUGUUAUUUUUACUCUUUAUUGUUAUUCGCUAUUCACUGUGUAUUUAUUCCUCGUGUCACUAUUUCUUUAUCUUUAACUGUUGGAAAAUAACCUGUAAGUAAAAGGACCUGCAUUGUUGGGAAGGGCCCGUAAGCAUUUCACUGUCAGUCGACACUGGUUGUUUACGAAGCAUGUGACGAUGAAAGUCUUGUCUACU